CCUGGGGCGCGAGGGGGAUAAGAAGCCGCGCCGCUGCGAGCGAGGCCACGAGGCCCCCGCCCCCGCGAGAAGCAGGCAGGAAAGGGCGGGGAUUGCCGCCUGGCGAGGCCGCGGAGGGCGAGCGGCUGAGGCCCAGGCCUGCCCGGAGCGGCGGCUGCGGGGCGGAGCGAGGCCUCGGGCCGGGCGGCCAUGGCGUCUUCGGAGGCGCCGCUCGGGGAAGAAGCAGCAGCAGCGGCGGCGGCGCUGCUGGCCGGCCUGGCCGCGCGGCUGACGGGGAGCGCCGAGGAGCAGGAGGAGCGGGAGGAGCAGGCCGCGGCGGCGGCGCCCGGUCGCCUGGCAACCCUCGGGCAGCUCGCGGCCCUCCUUCGUGACCCGGCGGGCAGGUGAGGGCCGCGGGGGGGGGGGCUGGGGCCGGGCUCCGUCACGUGUGGACGCGCUGCCGCGUGUCUUCCUGCCGCGGCGGGGGUGGUUUUGCAGGCGGGGGGGGGGCGGCUCGCUUCCUCCUCCUCUAAUUCCUCAGGACGAUUUUGUAAGGACGCCUCCAGGAAUUUCAAGUCCCCCAUUUCUCCCUGCAGUUGCGCUUAUAUCUCUGUCUGCCUAGAAAUGCAAGGCGUCAAAAGUUCCUGCUGCUUCUCCUCGCUUGGCUGGAUGCUGUGGCUUUUUGUAGGCAGAAGUUGCUUGGUGGGGUAUAAAUACUACUGCUACUAAUAACAACAGUAGCACUAAUAUGAUUAGUUAUACCCCACCCAUCUGGCUGCAUUCAGCACGUAUGAAAACAUAAUAAAACGUCAAACAUUAAUAAUAACAAUCAGAUCCAAUACAGAAAAGUCACAAUAAUUUUAAAAUAAGUAACUUAUAUCAAAUAAAGCAAUAUUCAAUAAUCGAUUAGAAUAUAAUGACAAUAUUAAAACUAAAUAUCACAUAAUAAUAAUAAUAAUAAUAAUAAUAAUAAUAAUUUAGUAUUUAUACCCUGCGCAUCUGGCUGAGUAUCCCCAGCCACUCUGGGCGGCUUCCAAUCAAGUGUUAAAAACAAUACAGCAUUAAAUAUUGAAAACUUCCCUAAACAGGGCUGCCUUCAGAUGUCUUUGAAAGAUAGGAUAGCUGCUUAUUUCCUUCACAUCUGAAGGGAGGGUGUUCCACAGGGCGGGUGCCACUACCGAGAAGGCCCUCUGUCUGGUUCCCUGUAACCUCACUUCUUGCAGGGAGGGAACCGCCAGAAGGCCCUCGGAGCUGGAACUCAGUGUCCGGGCUGAACAAUGGGGGUGGAGACGCUCCUUCAGAUAUAUAGGAGGGAGGCCAUUUAGGGCUUUAAAGGUCAGCACCAACACUUUGAAUUGUGCUCGGAAACGUACUGGGAGCCAAUGUAGGUCUUUCAAGUGUUACCGUAUUUUUCGCCCUAUAGGACGCACUUUUUCCCCUCCAAAAAUGAAGGGGAAAUGUGUGUGCGUCCUGUGGGGCGAAUGCAGGCUUUCGCUGAAGCCUGGAGAGCGAGAGGGGUCGGUGCGCACCGACCCUUCUCGCUCUCCAGGCUUCAGGAAGCUAUCCGCAAGCCGUGGGAGCCUGCGGGAGUUCCCCCCGGCUCCCACCCUUGCGCAGCGCUGCCUGCACCCCAAAGCCCCGGCGCGCUGAGCAGUCGUGCCAGGGCUUCGGGUAGCUCUGCGCAAGCCGCGGGAGCCUUCCCCCGGCUUGCGCAGCGCUGCCUCUUAUCCGGAAGCUACCCGAAGCGACUGCUCAGCGUGCCGGGGCUUCGGGAUAAGAGGCAGCGCUGCGCAAGCCGGUGGAGCUUUGGCUAGCUCUGCGCAAGCCGCGGGAGGGCUCCCACGGCUUGUGGAGAGCAGCCUGUUCUGGGGGCUGGGGUCGGGGGAAGCUCGGGCUUCCCCCGCCCCAGCCUAGCGCCUUGGGGGGGGGGGAAUAAUUUUUUUUCUUUAUUUCCCCCCGAAAAAACUAGGUGCGUCUUAUGGGGCGAAAAAUACGGUAUAUGGUUUUGGUGGCCGCUCCCAGUCACCAGUCUACCUGCCGCAUUCUGGAUUAACUGCAGUUUCCGGGUCACCUUCAAAGGUAGCCCCACAUAGAGCACAUUGCAGUAGUCCAAGCUGGAGAUAACUAACUAGAGCAUGCACUACUCUGGCGAGACAGGUAGGGUCUCAGCCUGCGUACCAGAUGGAGCUGGUAGACAGCCGCCCUGGACACAGAACUGACCUGCCCUCCAUGGACAGCUGUGAGUCCAGAAUGACUCCCCGGCGGCGCACCUGGUCCUUCAGGGGCACAGCUACCCCAUUUAGGACCAGGGAGUCCCCCACACCCACCCGCCCCCUGUCCCCCCAAAACAGUACUUCUGUCUUGUCAGGAUUCAACCUCAAUCUGUUAGCCGCCAUCCAUCCUCCAACCGCCUCCAGACACUCACACAGGACCGUCACCGCCUUCACUGGUUUUGAUUUGAAAGAGAGGUAGAGCUGGGUAUCAUCCGCAUACUGAUGAACACCCAGCCCAAAGCCCCUGAUGAUCUCUCCCAGCGGCUGCAUGUAGAUGUUGAAAAGCAUGGGGAAGAGGACAGAACCGUGAAGCACCCCACAAGUGAGAGUCCAGGGAUCUGAACGCUCAUCCCCGACCACCACUUUCUGAACACGGCCCAGGAGAAAGGAGUGGAACCACUGUAUAACAGUGCCCCCAGCUCCCAGCCCCUCUAGAUGGUCCAGAAGGAUGUUUUGGUCGAUGGUAUCAAACGCCGCUGAGAGACCUAGCAGAACUAGGAAACAGCUCUCACCUUUGUCCCUAGCCUGCCGGAGAUCAUCGACCAGUGAGACCAAGGCAGUUUCAGUCCCAUGAUGAGGCCUGAAUCCCGACGGAAAGGGAUCCAAAUGGUCCACUUCUUCCAGGCGUGCCUGGAGUUGUUCAGCAACCACUCGCUUUAUUAUAUGAUGAUGAUGAUGAUGAUGUAAUAAUAAUAAAGCUACAAAUCUUAUGUAGAAGAUGCUGCUUUUCAGCAUCUUGCAGGUUCCGUGUACAUUCCUCACCCUAGUUCAGACAGUUUAAGAAGAAGCAUACUAAGAACCAGUUCUUUGACUCCAAGAGGAGCUUUUUCUUUUUUUGAUAACAUAGUUUCUAUUCAUUCUCAUAUUUAAAGCGUUUAACAUUAAAGUGUAUGACAUGCAACAUUUACAUAAAAUUAAAAAUAAAGCAGCAAGAAACACGGAGUUAAAUGUUUCUGAGUGUAUUAGCAAAAUUGUGUCAAAGUGUAUCUAUCAAAAUUAUUACAAUUAAUACGGAUUAUGAAAUGAUGCGUAGUAACAUGUAAUGACCAUAACUAACAUGUAUUUUGUAUUAAUAACAAUUAGAAUUUAUAGGAAGGGGCGAGGGAGAGGAGCAGGGGGGAAAAUAAAAUACGUAGUAAUAAAACUGCUAGCCCAUUUGCACAUGCCUGCCCAGGUCUUUGGAUACUAGGAGCCAUGGAAGUGUCCUUACACUGAGGCCGACUGGCUACACGGACCGGCAGUGGCUCUGCCAGCCCUGUCUGGAGGCUGAACCUGGGACCUUCUGCCCCUGGGCUGUGCCAUGCAAGGAGGUGUGUCUGCAGUUCCACUUUAGGAAAAGAAGCCUGUGGGAAAUACUGAAAUACACAUCAGUCCAGGCUUAAUCUUUUAAAAUUUCACAUCUUGUCUUCAUUCCGUGGCACCACAGGAAGGAAUGUAGCUCAGUGAUAGAGCCAGUUUUGCAUGCAAAAAAUUCCUAGGUUCAAUCCUGUUGUCUUCAGGUAGCGCUAAGAAAAAUUCCUCUCUGAAACGUUGGAGAGUUUCUGUCUUCACUGUGGGUAAUCCUGAGCUAGCUGGAUCAGUGGUCUGAAGUCAGCUCCUUAUAUUCCAGUUCAGGCAUCCAUCAUACCAGAGCUGCUGCGUUUCAGCAAGAUGGUUUCAUCAUAUUCUGAAGGCAAGCGAUGCAGCCACCUUGGUGAAGCUAAGCAGCUCUGGGUAUAGUCAAAGCCUGAUGGGAUACUGCCUAGAAGCUCUACUUAACUUGAAAAGUGGGUGUAAUAAACAGACAGAAUAAUUCACCUUUUGACUUGCCUUGGGAACUUAAGUUCAGAAUUUAGAAAAACUCCAAUUUUUAUGAAUUCUCUUCACAAUUUUAUGAAGCUUGUAGAGGCUGGAGAAAAUACAUGAGUUUGUGGUUACCUAUAGUAAAUAUUUCAAAGCCAGGGCAACCCUUUAUUUGCUAUAUUUUUUCUAUCCUUGUCAAGUACAAAAUAUGCAAAACAGCUUGGAUUAGCUUUUUAAAAAAAUAUUGCAUGGUACAAAUGAUAUCCUUCUUUUAUGUAUAUUUUUUUUAAUGUACUGUUGAUGAUGUCUACUUUAUAUUUAUUUUUCUUUUUAGGGAAAAAGCAUCAGAAAGCCUAUUCCAAGAUCUCCUGCAAAUUUUGAGGAAGGCAUCUUAUGAAAUUGAUGUAACCUACAAGCAAAAUAAUACACUGGAACACACAGAUUCAUUGUUCCUGUUGGUAUCAGAAUGUUUCAGAUGCCUUCGGAAUGCUUGUGUUCAGUGUACCAAGAAUCAGAAUGUUAUGAGGUAUGAUUAUUGCCCCCGUACUUGCAUAGUUUUUUAAAUGUUAAAUUACAGUAACUUGUUUCACCCAACUGAGUUCAUAGCUGAUUUAACUUUUGAAUCAGGCUCAUACAUUUCACUCCUCACUAGUUCACUUCACUUUGCUGUGCACUCUUGGCAUUUGAGUGGAAACCUUGUGAGUGAAUUGCCCACAUUUGUUAAAUUGUGUGGCUCAGGCUAACUGACCAGUGUGUAAUCAUUAUAUAUCUACAUAUUCUCUGAAAGUAAAUUAAUCUGCAAGAGAAUCAAGGGUGCAUGAACACAAGAUUUAUUCUGACAACUUUUUUUCUUUUGCUCUUUUUAAAAUACUCGUGAAGUGAGAUUUCAUAGACAUUAUCUUCACCAAGUCUUGUGAUUAUUUAAGAGCUGAUUUUUUUUUGUUAGUCUUGCAUCUGGAUUACUUAAUAUUUGUUGGCUGCAAGGAUGUGCAUUUUAUUUGCCCCUGAGGUCGGGUGAAUUCUGGGGUGUUCUUCAUGGGAUUUAAAGUGCACUGCAGCAGGGAGCGUUGUGUGUCCAUGAAGGUUCCCUGCACAGUUGAAAACCUGGAUUUUCUAGAAUUGUCAGUUGUGCAGGGAGCAUUCAUGGCUGGACAAGGAUCCUCCGUGCAGAAGUGCACUUUAAUCAUGUGAGGGGUCAGAAUGAGUUGUUAGUUAUUUUGAAUCUUUAUGUGAAUCUUUAUCUCUUGCCAGCUCCUCACCAUGAAACCCCCCUCCUGUCUGUUUUCUCUCUUGGUGUGCCUUGCCACCUUAGGACUUUUUAAUUUCAUUCCUUUUCAUAAUUGCCCAGUAUGACCUCCCUUUCCUAGACUUCUCUGGGCCUGUUGUUUCUUAAGCUACAGUCUGUUCUUUCCUAGUAUUUUUAAAACCAUCUUCCUUCCCUUGGCUUUUCUUCCUACUCAGUCCCUUUCUGUCACUCUUACCUUACUCAGUCAAUUACUCCUAGGGGAGUUAACCACCACAGAAUUCAUUUAUUACAUUACAAUAUGUAUUACAAAUUUAGUACUUUAUAUUAUGAUACAGCUUUGUAUAAAACACUGGCUUCUCUGCUUUUUUUUAAUUUCAGAGAAUUUUAAAUUUAAAACUGUUCUUUUAUAACAGAAACCUGGGGCUAAUUGAGGCAUCUGUACACUUGAUCCAAUUACUUCACAAAUUAGAAACUAAUCUGGAAUCAUUAUUGACAGGUAAGAUAUUGCGGGGGCUGCGUACAUAAGCCCACAAAGCAUGUUUACUUGCCUGUGUACUCACACAUACCUAAGAAAGGACAGCACUAUUCCAGUUGAACAAAAAGACUUUACAUGUCCAGCCUCCAUCUUCAUGUUGUAGAACUCUUAGAACUGUGGAACUGUCCUGAUUUUCCCCCUGAUGCUCUGUGGCUUUCUUGUACAGUGGUACCUUGGGUUAAGAACUUAAUUCAUUCUGGAGGUCCGUUCUCAACCUGAAACUGUUCUUAACCCGAAGCACCACUUUGGCUAAUGGGGCCGCCUCCUGCUGCCGCGCUGCCAGAGCACGAUUUCUGUUCUCAUCCUGAAGCAAAGUUCUUAACCCGAGGUACUAUUUCUGGGUUAGCAGAGUCUGUAACCUGAAGCAUAUGUAACCCGAGGUACCACUGUAACUUGAAGCCAUUGGUUUGCAUCCUACCCUUUGGAGCAGGAGAAAACAAGCUUGCUCCAUCUUUCAUGUGACAGCCCUUAAGAUAUCUGAAGAUGGCUAUUGUAUCUCCUCUCAGUAGCCUCUUUUCCAGGCUAACUAUACCGACUCCCUCAAGGCUUGGUUACCAGACCUUUGAUUAUCUUGGUUGCCCUCCUCUGCACACAUUCCAGUUUGCCAAUGUCUUUAAAUUGUGGUACCCAGAACUGGACACAUUAUUGCAGGUGUAGUCUGGCCAAGGCAGACUAGAUGAUACUUUUACUUCCUUCACUCUGGAGCCGUAUGCUCUUUAUGAGAGAGAGAGUUAUUUCUUUAUUCUGUUGCAAAGCCAGAACAUCUUGCUAGCUAAUUGCCGCCGUGGCAGUGUAAGGCCUUGGGGUGCUGUUGCACUCACUCCAAAUGCUGUGGGACUGCUAGUUGCUGUCCUCAGCAACUCUGUACAAUGAGAUCAUGCUCUGGGAGUGCCGGCUGACCUCCAGAUUAGCAUGUUGUGGCACUUAUUAGUGCCAGAUGUGCUGAUGAUGGAUACUGUUACAGGUCUCUAUACCAACAGACUAAAAUCAAAAGACUUUUCUUUGAGAGCAGGUGUUCUUUAAUUUUGCAAGCUUGAAACUGAGUGGUAUAGCUCAGUGUUAGAUAAUGUGUUCUGCAUGCAGGCAACCCCAAGUUCAAUCCCAGUCAAAAGGAUGGGGUUAAGGGAAGACAUCAACUGUCAAGGUCCCUCAAAGUUGGAGAAACUGAUUUUGUUGUUGUUGCCAUAUUUAUUAUAUUAAAUGAUCAUUUUACCCUGUUCAAGGAGGUGCACAUCAGCAUUCAUUAAUGAAAUAUGAAACCUGAGUAAACAGAUAAAACAGCAAUGGAAUUAAAUGAUAGGUGAAGAUAGAAUAAUUCCAAACUAUUUCUCACCAAGAGUUCAUGUAAUCAAAACAAGGUUUAACUUGAUGUGAAAAGACAAGAUUAGGUGCCAAGCCAAUUCUCUGGAGAGGACACAACCUGGAUGUUGACACAGAAAAGGCUUUGUAUCUUAGUUAUCAGGUUCAUACAGAAGAAAGCACCCUGUUUUACUUAAGUGCUUUAGGGCUUUAUAGGCCAUCACCAGCACUUAAAUGAACUUUUCCACGAUAUUCUAAUUUUUCGAGUUUCACCUGUAAUUCAAGCAUGUCUGAAUGUACUCUACCUAUAUUUAAGUGGCAUAAUUUGGGACCUGCAUUUCUUCUAACCAGGAAUAAUAAUACCUUUAUUGUCAUUGUACAACUUGUGUACAAUGAAAUUAAACAAGCCUCCCCCCCAAACACUUAAUCUCAUUACACUCUCUGUGCUUAUCGAACAACGCACCACUUCGCAAGUCAAUUGCGCUAUGUUAUUUUCCGUUCAACAGCCUAACAGCCCACGGAUAGAAGCUAUUUUUUAGCCUGUUGGUAUGGCUGAUUAUACUUCUAUAUCUCCUGCCCGAGGGUAGAAGAUUAAAGAGGUGCUGGCCGGGGUGUGAGUCAUCCCUGAUAAUUUUUCUCGCUCUCCUAAGGCAACGAUUCCUUGCAAUGUCAUCUAACAGACUCAAGGGACAGCCCAUGAUAUCAUGUGCUGUAUCCACCACCCUCCGUACAGACUUUCUGUCCGUGUCUGUCAAGCCAGCAUACCACACUGUGAUACAAUAUGAAAGGACACUUUCUGUUGUGGACUGGAAAAAGGAGUUCAUCAAUUGUUGAUUAACAUUAUUCUUUCGCAAGACCCUGAGGAAAUGGAGUCUCUGUUGGGAAAGAAUACAGUAAGAUCUUUUAAGUUAAUUAUCUUGAUGGCUAUGUGUUUCUCUCUCAUCCAGUAACAUCUAUUUUAAGUUUUUAUUGUGGUGUUCAUAAUGUGGGUAGGAAAGUCCAGAGUGUCCCAACAGUUUGGAAUCGGUAAUACACACACUGAAGUGGUAUGCCUUAUGUGCCUGGCAGAUGCUUUUACCACUGCGGCUGACUUGUGGGGAGGAGUUUAUUUUUAACGAUGUAUUAAUGAAUAAAGCAGCAGAAAAGGAAAUACCGCGCAAAGCGCUGUGACUUAAAUAACUGCUGUCUAAUAUCUGGUUAGGUCAAACUGCAAUUUGCAAUUUGCCAUGAGAGCAAGGCAUUUUUAUAUAAGGGAACAGCCAAGUCCCUGCUCUAAAAGUUUUAACCCAUUUUGUUUACUGUUCCUGCUUUCAUGUUUACUUAGAUCUAGCAAUCAUAAUUUAGAAGCUGUUUAAUUAACAGCUUCUAUAUUAUGACCAAUUUGCAUACGACCAAUAUGCAAUUAUAUAUAAAGAAGUUUAAAUCACAUUUUUUAAUAUUGUUCUAGAAUAUUUAUUCAGUUAAUGGAUUGAGUUAGGAGUAUUGUUGACUUUGUGAAUUGUAUUAUCAUUCUGUACAAUUUAAAACCAAACUGUAUGUGAUGCAAACUGUAUCAUUACAUCCAUUAGGCAGGUUUUUUUAAAAAAAGAAAAUUGCAUCAGCUGAGGAAGAAGCUGGUAAUUAAUCAGUUUAUAGCAAGUAUGAAAGGGGAAUAUAAUCAUUUUGUACUCUGCUGUAUUCCUGAGGAAAAUCCCUUUUCUAAUACAGUGGUACCUUGGGUUAAGUACUUAAUUCGUUCCGGAGGUCCGUUCUUAACCUGAAACUGUUCUUUUUUUAUAUAUAUAAUUUUUAUUUACCGACCAAUCAAAUCAAAUCAAAUCACAUCACAUAAAUUCCGAAUUACAAAGCCGAAUUUUAAUUUUUUGUUGAGGGGACCCAUAUUUCAAGUUCCGAAGGGGAAUUCCGAUCAUCUUCUUGCUGCUGUGUUAAUAUCCACAAAUCUGUCCAAAUAAUAUUCAUAAUUCUAUCCAGUCCUAUCUUGCUGUUUCCACAUCUCAUCUUGUUCAUAUAUUUUUCUUAUUUUCUUUAUGAUCUCUUCUGAUAAUCUCCUGAAGCAGGUAAACACCAAUUAUAAUUCUGUGUGAAUUUUCCGUUCAUCCAAUCAUCAUAUCAAGAUGGUUUCCCUAUAUCAUCACUUUAAUAAAUAACAGCACUCUUUCCAUCAUUAGUCUCGCAAAUCUGCCGCCUUCUUUUGUCCCUCUGAGGAGGCUCACCCACAAUAUGAAAACAGAUCUGUUCCUCCUCUCAGACAUAAGUCUUUCGACAGAACUUGCCAAUAUGGCGACGCUAUUUUUUGCUGCGUCAUUCCAAAGCUCUUAUGCUUUCCACGAUCUUCUUAAAACAUGCUUUGGUUAGGAAAUUAUCUCCACACAGUCUUAAAUCCACAGCUUAAGUCAUUUAAACGGCAUUUCUGACUUGUGUGGGGGGGGGAUUCUUGGUUAAUCACAUAAAGAAAAGAAAGUUCCCCCCCCCAUCCAGUCCCGUUGCCGAACAAACCGAGCCUUGGUGUGUCUUCUUAUGAUUUAUUCCUGUUCCUCCGACCCGUCUUGUUUAUCAGAGAUCUCUUCGGUAAGCAGUCUUUACUCCCCCUUCUUCCUUGAAAUAUGUGCAUUAGCUUCCUCCUAAUUGUUUCUUUUGAAGUUGCUGCAGCUAGAGGCGCGGAUCAGAGACAGCGUCCAGGAGCGCCGAAGUCCGCACAAGGGCUUUCUGCCUAGUGCCCCCACGCCCUCAAAUUCGGGGGUGGUAUAGGGCACAGCAGGCAAGGGCAGUCCCCCCCACACCCUUGGGGGGGACGGGAGGCUGUUUACUCCCAUCACAGCCUCUUAAUUAUCUCGUGUGGGUCGGAGAGAUGUUAUUGUCAGCCAUCUUCCGAUGCGCCCCUAGUGGCCUAACUGUUCUUAACCUGAAGCACCACUUUAGCUAAUGGGACCUCCUGCUGCCACUGCGCCACGGGAGCACGAUUUCUGUUCUCAUCCUGAAGCAAAGUUCUUAACUCGAGGUACUAUUUCUGGGUUAGCGGAGUCUGUAACCUGAAGCCUAUGUAAUCUGAAGCGUAUGUAACCCGAGGUACCACUGUACUAAUAAAUGUAUUGUGAGAAAAUCCCCCAUGAUAAAUUUAAUUUUUUUGCAAUUAACUAUUACUCUUUUAAUUCUCUUAAUUUUUAUUUUGAAAUUGGGAUUUCCUUUUGCAAGUUUCACAAUAUAGUUAGACUGUAAUAUUCACAGCAGAGUGAAUAUUCUAUUCCGCACACCCAGAAACCUUUGCAUUUGGGAUCCUAAGGUGUACUGACCACCCUUCAAUAGAAAGGCCUCCCUUGGAAGGUGGUGGACUCUCCUUCUUUGGAGGUUUUUAAACUGAGGUUGGAUGACCACCUGUCAGGGAUUAUUUAGCUGUGAUUGCUAUAUUGCAGGCGGUUGGACUAGAUGACCCUUCCAACUCUACAAAUCUAUUACAUAUGCCUCUAAGACAGCAUUGCUGGCCAAGCUGGUGGAAGUGGUAUUGGCGGAACCUAGGACUUUGGUUCUGUGUGACUUCAGUGUCUAUGCCAAGGCCUCUUCCAUGACAGCUUUGGAGCUAUCACAGCUCAUCAGUGGCCCAACCCACAGGGCAGGACAGAUUUAGCCUGGGUUGUGUGGUCCGACAAUAGAUGGGAUUCAAACAAGCUAGACCACUUCCUGGUGAGGUUUGGUCUCAUGGUGAUUAUCUCCCCAUGCAGGGGUUCAGGACCUAUUCAGAUGGUCCAUCCCAGAGACUUAUGGAAUCUAAUGGAGAGAACUGGCAAUGGUACUGAGGCCCUUGUCUUCCCCUGUAACAGUGAAAUGUGUAGGGCUAUCCACACUUUCUCUCCUGAGUGCCCUCUCCUCUGUUGUGGAGCUUGAAACACACCUUGGUGCUCUUGGGAGCUAUGAGUUAUGAAGCAAGAUGGACAAUGGCUACAGCGCUCUUGGCACAAAACCCAUUGCUUUUUUUUUUUUUUUUUAUAAUUAAUAUUUAUUAAAUUUUCCAAAGGAUAACAACGAAAAUUUCCAAAAAAAGAAAAAAUAAAAAAAUUUGAAAAUACAAAAAACAAAAAUAGUACAUACACAAAAAAGAAAAGAAAACCCAGCCGCAGAAAAAUAAAAAAGAGAAACUGAAAAAACAAAAAUAUUAAGUCCUUUACAAUCUCUAUUGACUUCCUUUCUAGACUUCCUCCUCCUCCCCUCUUUUGUUUCUUAAUUUUUAAUUUUUACAGCAAAUCCUUUCUGUUUUUUCAUAACAAUCUGCCAUUACGUUUCCUUAUUCUAUUUUCCCUCUUGUCAUGUAACUUUAAACCUUUUACAAGUCAUUUACCAAUCCUUACUUAAGCCAUGUAAUUUCAUUCAACAUCCUUCAAACAUUUAUAAGCAUUCCCAAUAUUAAAAAUAAAAAAGAAAGAAUAAUAAGUCAAAUUCAAUCCAGUCAACUUCCAACCUCCCCUCCCCUGGACCCGGGAUUGUCAGUCCUUUUAGUCUCUUAACCUGGUUGUCUCGUAUCCGAGGCCCUCAAGUCUCUGUCUUGCCCCUUUCGCCACUCUUGUUGAUGAUUCCUUUCCAGUCGUGGAUGCUCCAGCAAGAAAAUGCUUUUGACCCUUUGCGGCAAGUCCAUCCCAAACCCAUUGCCCAAGCCAGACAGCAAGUAAUACCACUUCAGAUUUCCACAAAGCUUGGAGACUUCGGCUACUCCAAUCCUCUGAUAGCCCAUCACCAGACUCGGAAGGUCCAAAUAACCAUAUGGAGGGGGGUCAAUCCAUCCCCCCAUUUCCAAAUCUAACCACAUUUCAUCUUUCCGAAUCUGGUUUGUCCCAAGUUCAUUUGUCAAGUUCAAAGGCUGAUCUUGCCCGUCCAAAGGUCCCUCUAUCUCUGAAGCCUCCAUCACUACAGCAGGUUCAUAUACUUGUAUAGCCUUUAACUGAAUUUCAUUUGUUUGCUGCUGUGCUCUGGUGACUUCCAUCAUCAAGGUCGUCUCACACAUCUGGUCCAGCUGGGCACUUAGUUUUGAAAAGCCUUCCAUGAACAAUUGUUCAAGCCUUUGUACUAGCAUUGUUCUUCAAGGUCAAGAAAAAUUCUUUCCCACGGCAAUAGUCCAAUAGUCCUUCUCUUUUAGUCUCUCUGCGUUGCAGUUUCACUGAAUUCCACUAGAUGGAAAUUCUUAUUUUUUUUUUUUUUUUAAGGAAUAAAAGCAACAGCAACAAUCUUUCUUUUUCCAAAAACACUUUAUCCAGAAUUCCCCCUUCCAAAUUCAAGAGGCAACAGUAGAAUCAAAAUGUUACCCUUCUUUUAACUAACUGUCAAGUUAGAUAAACUUCAGAACGUCAAUUCUGACAGCCCGCUCCUGGUUCAGGGCGGUGGAAAAUUGCUUUAUUUUAAACUCACUUCCGCAGGAUUAAAGAGUCCAAAUACAACCCCCUUCUUCUCCUGCAAUCGAAGGGGGGGUUCAGAUAUCUUAGAUGUUGAAUUCUAGUUCUCUUAAAAUUUAGUUUUCAAGCUUUAAUAUAUUUUAUCUUUGCUUUCUUCACAUAACAAAAGAACGGAAGGCGACUUCCUGUUUAGACCUUCCGAUUCCGAGUCCCAAUUAAGUUCAAUUUCAAGUCCAAUAUUAUUUGUUUUUUUUUUUCACCAGUCUUAAAAUUGGGUCAGCUCUUCCAAGAUAAGGUACGCCCGGGUAGAUAUUUUAGAUGCCAAAUUGUCCAGGAAAAAGGCAGCGCUCUCCGAUAACGGCAGUGCGGCUUUGCUGCACGGAGGAAGCAGACGACUCACAGCACCACGCACCUCCCACUCCGGAGCCCGUUGCCGAGCUCCUGUACAAGGGGAGAGAGCGCUCACGGUGCCCGCUGAGUCCCACGUCCACAGGCUUCUUCCGCCUGUGGUUUUUGCGGGUCCCCGCUGCGCCGUAGCGGCAGGACCCAAGCCUCCGUGCAGCGGGUUCCCUUCAGUCCGAAGGGAAUUCCACCAUUUUCCGGGGGUGCCACCCCGGAAGUCCGGCACAAAACCCAUUGCAAAGGUGACCCAACACACCUUAGAGUACACAAUAAUGCCUACUAUGUUUCAAUGAGGGGCAAAAAAGGGCUAUUUUGUCUCUGCCAUUGCAUCCUGAAAUAGACAUCCAGUAGAUGACAUAUGAGGGACCCGGGUGGCGCUGUGGGUAAAAGCCUCAGCGCCUAGGACUUGCGGAGCGCUGGCGGUUCAAUCCCGUGGCUUGGGGCGCGUCGCAGAGUCCCAGCGCUGCCACCUAGCUUCUGGGUGCUGGCAAGAGUCUCCGCUAGCCAGUGGGAGGAGCUGGGUCUCCGCAUGGCUAGCGGAUGCAGCUUCCUGAAGCCUGGAGACGCGAGAGUGUCGGUGCGCACCGACCCUCGCUCUCCAGGCCUCAGCGAGCUGCAUUCGCCCCAUAGAGUCUGUCACACACAUUUCCCCUUCAUUUUUGGAGGGGAAAAAGUGCGUCUUAUAGAGCGAAAAAUACAGUACAUCUCAACCCUUGCCCCUCAUAGCUAAUUAUAGCUUGUUAGGUGUGCUUGUGUGUGUGAUUGGUUACGUACUGUAUAUGUGUAAAAGUUCUGAACCAGUGCCUGGAUGCAGUAAUGGGCUGGGUGAGGGCUAAUAAACUGAAGCUGAAUCCCCAAAAGACUCAAACCCUGUUGGUAAGCAUCUGGAAACUUGGGUCAAGUACCAUCUCUGGAUGGGGUUGAUCCAUCAUUGUCAUUGGAAAGCCUAGCAUCCUCAGUGGCUAGGAAUUUCUUUAACCAGCUUUGCCUUGUGUGCCAGCUGCCUUUCCUGGACUGAGAUAAUCUGGCCAUGGAGCUUUCUGCCCUGGUAACCUCAAGGCUAGACUAAUGUGCUAUAUGUAGGGCUGCCCUAGAGAUUAAUCUGGAAGCUGCACUUGGUGGAUGUUAGGUUGCUCUGUGCAAUGACUUAGCACCAGCAAGCUACACCAUUGUUAAACUUUUGCUCUGGUUGCCAGUAAGCUACUCAGCUAAGUUUAAGGUUAUGGUAUUGGCAUACGGAGCCCCGAACAGCUCAGAACCUGAUUAUCUGAGAUAUACCUGAUUAUAAUAUAAUAUAAUAUAAUAUAAUAUAAUAUACCUGACUGUCUGCUCUGGUCUGCUGUGGGGUUUUUUUAAUUAAAAAAAUACCAUGUGCAUCAGUGGGCCAGUUGUUUGUUACUCACCACUGAACACUUAGUUGUGUAGUCCCCUUUCUGUCCCUUAAUAUUUUAGACAAACACCAAAUUGGUAUAUUCUUGGAAGCUUAUUGAACAGAUCUUCCCAGACUAAGACUAGACUGUAUUUUAUCUCCACACAAUGUUUAUUUAGUUACAUAGUUGUGCUUGUGUUUUGCAGCUGUAAUUAUAUUUUACUGUAUUUUGUAUAGUUGUUGUUUUAAGGGAAUCACUUAGAUAUUUUGGUUUGAAGUGACAAAUAAGUAAUAGCAGUAAUGACUAUGAUGCUAAUCUGUGCUGACUUUUCUUUAAUUACAUAAGAAAAAUAGCUUAAAAGCUACUUAUUUACAUCUUUGUUUUGUCUUUCUGCACUUCCAGGACAGGGAAUUGAGGCCAGUAUUUUGCUACUGUGGUUGAAGCAGAAGCUGUAAUUACAUUGUCAGAAUAAUAUUUAUAGCACUGUAUUACUUUCUCAAAAUAAUUGCAGGCAUAUGACAAAUACAUUACACUCAUCAAAAUUUUAUGUAAACACAUGCACAAGUUUUUAUUUGACUUAUUGAUGGUGUGUGUGAGUUUCAUGCCUUGCAAUCUGUUGACCAGCCAACCAAACAAGCAAAAAGCAAUCUUCGUGGCCUUUUAACUGUCAACACUAUAAAUAUCUGCUGUAAAAUAAACCGUCACUUCUACUGUGGGCAAUAUUUGUUCUGUCAUACUUUAUGCUAUGCAACUUCAUGCUUUGAAGUGAGACAUUUAAUCUUUUUGUUCCUGGGAUGUUAUUGGAUGAAUUUGCUCUUGAAACAAUUAUUAAAUUGACAAUUUUUUAAAUAUGAGAGUUGAAAGUGAUCUUUAGGGCUCAUGGGGUCCUAAAAACUUGGUUGUCUUGUAAGCAAAUGAACCAACAACAGCAAGAAGACCUGAAAGCAAAAGCAGGCUUUUGCACAAACGACUCAUGGCAGGUGCACGUGGUUCCCACGGAAAUGGCUUGAUGUGUCUUUUGAUGUCGAUAUAGGUAAUUUGCAGCUUUCAGCUGAUUUCACGUAUGCUAAAAUAAAUAAGUGGAAAGAGCUUUCUGAACUCUUGCUUACUGGCCUUUGGGAAGACCAUGUGAGGGCCCUGCAAUGCUCCCAGAGCCCUUUCACAUCCUUUCCAGAGAUUGAUAAGCAGCCCUGUCUGUCUCACUGGGCUUGGGGAGUGUAUUCUCAGGUGGAGGCAUCAUUCUACACAAACCUGGGUGUUGUAGAUUUUACCUGUUGGCCUUGAGUGUGAAAUUCACUAUACAAUUCAAUUUUUCAUUGCAAAAUGAAUAUUUUAGCUGAUUUAAUUUCUAAUUGCCUUAUCUUAUAUAAUAAGAUGCAACAUAAAAAGAGUACUGGUUACAUUAUAAAACUAAUUCAAAAUAGCUUUUUAAAAAUACAUUAGUAGUUUUAAAACAGCUAGUAGGGAGGACCACAAACUUUUUUCCUGUUAAGUAAACACUGCUUUUUUAAAAAAAAUUAUUCAGAAUAUUUAUAUCCCACUUUUUCCGGAAUAUGGCUAACAAUAAAAAUGAAAUUCAUGAACUUAGCAAAAGGACCCCAUAGUAAUAAGAUACAUAUCCCGCAGGCUGGUAGUUUUUUGGUCCAGCUUGCUGGGGUCUGCACUGUGGCACCCAUAGCCAUCCUGGCACCUCAGGUGGUCCCCUGGCCCUCCCAAUUUUUAAAAAACAAGCUUUGCAGGUUUGCUAAUUUGGUCAGGAGUGCCUGUUUUUAUUGGGACAGAGAAGGUGAUAAAUCACCAGUUUUCCUUCUGAAAAAUUAGGAUGAUAUGGUGCUCACAACAGUUUCUUUGAUUUCCAAAUGUGGUCCUGGGCUCAAAAAGAUUGGGAACCCUGUUCUAAAAUUCUCAAUUGUGCUUUCUUCUGUUCAGAGUGCAAUACCAUAAAAUGCAGUAUAAGAAAUAAAAGAAGCAAUAAAGAUACGCUAGCUCAGUGGGAGAAGACAUGCUGUCCACGCAGAAAGUCCACGUUCAAUCCCUGGCACCUCCAGCUGAGAAACAAAAUAAACAAGGAGAAAAGAGCGUUCAGGUAGCAGAUGAUGUGAGACAUCCCUGCCUGAGAGUCGGGAGCAGGGGUGCCAACUUGAAUAAUUUUUUGGGGUGGUAGCCAGGUCAGCCCACUCUUUGAAUGGCCAUGCCCAUCAGCUGGGGGGCAGCACCCUCAAAUAUUUUUGGGAGGGGCAAAUACCCCACGGCCCCUAGGAGUUGGCUCCUUACACCAGAGUAAACAAUAAAUGGCUCAAUGAUGAUUGACUACGAACUCCUCCUCCGCCUUCCUUCCUGUUGCUUGCUAUCCUGUCAUGGAAGUGGAGUUCUGGGCCUAUUUGUGUCAACAAAACAGCCUGUCUUUUAAAAUGUAGAGUUCCCAACUCCAGCGAUGCAAUCUUGGAGUUUGAUAAGCAAAGCUAGGAUCCCUCAUUUUCACAGAAGACUGACAUUCUUUGAAAUUAAAUGAAGCAGCCGGUCCAUCCAGACAUCUCUAUAAAUCUAAGUGUGCAACAUCUGCUACAUCCUGUGAACUGGCAGGUCAUAUGGUCAUGUAAUACAGCAGCUGGACACUAUGAAUAACUCAUAGUGGGUGGCCGGUCAGCCCUGUUCACUCUUUUUCUCGGUUACCAAGUGUGGUUGAAGUUCAGGUUAAGACUCAGACCAUUCAUUUUCUGCUGAUUUUAUGCAAUUGCUCUUUGAAGGGAUACUGUUGCCUGAUUAUAUGCUUAAAUGAAGGGCUAAUCCCAGGAUUGUGUUUGCUAUGAGGUAUCUGAAAUGAGAACACUUGUUCUUUAACAGAAAGAUUAACUGUUGUUCUAAUGCAUCAGGGACUGGUGAAGCCUAAAGGAACUUCAAGCAAUCAAUAAUGUUUAAUUUAUUAACUACAAUUUAGUCCCUCAGUUCCUCAAUGUAAUUAUACUUGCAGGCCCUGGGGCACUAAAAACGAACAGAGGUAAGGAAAUUUCUGCAUUGGUUUUUAGACCACAGAAUGAAUAAAACUGCCUUCGGUCCCUGUAAACAGAGGCCUUUAAAAACAAAGGGCCAUAUCAUAUGUGACCUUAAAUGCAGAUUUACAUUUAACUUGCAGGUUUUAAAUCCAAAAAGUAUCAGAGAAUGCAGAAACAACCUUCAGACGACAAAUUUGUCUUAGUAGCUCAGCUGGAGAGAAAAGAGUUAACCUCCCACAUGCCUGCUGCAACCCUGAUAAUUAUCAGCACACCCCUUACCACCAUUUGCAUGUUUUAAAACUUGCAUUUAACACUAGGUGUCCUACACCCUCUCCAGUUUUUGUAUUCUCAGGGGUUGCUGUCAUCUCCAAACUGUGGGCUUGGGCUGGCAAUAUAUUCUGCCUUAAAUUGGCCCUUUCACAAGUUAUUCAACUUCGUAAGAAGACUGGUGCCAUUUAGCGUUGUUGCACAGCUCAGAAAAGCAUGGCAUACAAGUGUGCAAGUCCAUUAAAAAUCCAAAAUUAAAGUUUAUCAUUAAAUUAUGGAAUCUCUCUAACAACUUGAAAAUACUAUUUUAUUCUUUGCCUACAGUUUCAUUCACAGAAAAAACCUUUUUUAUUACCUUGCUUAAAUCAUUGUAGAGUGGGGGUGGGGGAAAUCAUUUAAACCUGAAGAGUAAAAUCAACUAUAAAUUAGAAAUCAGGGAUGGACUGAAAAGAAACUUUUCUCCUUCAAAUAGAGGAAACCAUCUAGCCUGUGAAAGACUGCUUCCAAGGCUGACUGCUGAUUCAAAUUCCAGAGGACACAUAGUCUUCCCAGGUCCCUAAAUGACUUCUUGCCUUUGCCAAGGGUGACAGGCUCUGAUGGGGCUCCCUCUCCAGCAGUUCCUAAGGCAUAAUAGAAUGGAAAUGUAGCUCACAAUUUGACUAAAGGAUCUGUUUAUUUCAUGUGUAGACAGCCGGCUAAUUUUUUAAAAUUUGUGUUCAGGGCUACCACCUUUCCUGCUACAGCUGCAGCCUUUUUUUUUUUUUUUUUUACUUUACAGUGUCUGCUUUCCAGCCCAAAGCUGGUGGGCAAUCUUAGUGUUCAGCACUCUGAAGGUCCUGGAGGGUUUUCCUCUGGGCAACAGCUCUCACAGGAAGUGACAUCGUCUGGUGGUCUUCCCAUCAUUUGUUGUAGACCCAGGGGUAGCUUAACCUGUGGCCCUCUAGAUGUUAAUGGCCUAAGCUCCCACCGUGGCUGGGCUGAUGGAAGUUGGACCCCAACAACAUAUGGAGGGUCAAAGGUUGCUCGUCUCUGCUUAUACCAACAAGUGUGAUUUCUCUGUGUGCCAUGUUCUCCCAUGGGAAUAUGUAGGUCAUGCGGCUGCCAUGACUUGUAGAAUUGCAGCCUUUUAAAAAGGUCCACUGUGAUCAUGCAGAAUUUAGAGGUCAUGUGUUUACUUCCUAUGUGGAAGAACCAGUUAUUACCUGGUUUUGUAUGCACAUCCCUCCCAGGUUGCAAGCCUGCCAGCGGUCUGCUCUGUAUGAUUGCUCUUUGAUAUUUAGGACCUAUAAUAGGCAUAGGCCUUCUUUUUGUGCAAUUCAGAUAAAAUCUAGCCUUAACUUUUAAGUGGUUUGUGGCUGAAUUCAAUCAAAUUUUGAUGUAAGAUGAACUUGUGGCCAAUCAAUAAUCCUUUUACUGUUCAGAUGGCCACGUAGCCUGAUAUAAAUUGGUGUCCUAAAUUGUAGCAUAUUGUGCUAAAAAUCCUUUAAGCCCAAGAUCCACUAUGACCUAGCAUUUGUGAAUCUUAAGCUGCAGACUCCUUGAUCAGGGUACAUAUCCUUCUUUGGUAAUUUUCUAAGAAAGGAAUAUAGAGAAAAUUAUUCUCCUCUUGGAAGCAAAGUGGAAAGCUGAAGUUACUAUUCUUCAUACUUCACUGGCAAUUAAACGGGGGCAUGUUCUACGUUUCAGCAAAUACAGAACAGUAAGGCCUUUAAAUUGUGUGUAAAAUGAUCUAUUGCCAUGGUCGCCAACCUUUCUGGGCACAUUAGCAAUCUGGAGUAACUCUUGUGGUCACCAAGCAUAUACCACCACCUGUUCUUUGUAUUGGCUACAGUAGAAUCCUCCUUUCAAGCCCAGUUUCAUCAGAGUGAGGGGAGAAGACCCUGUGGGUGCCAGGGAAGGCUUCUGCAGGCGCCUCGUUGGUAACCUCUAUUCUGGUGCUCUAAAACUAAGUUACAGUGACCAUACAGAUCAAGUACACAUAUUGUUCUACCUAGAUUACCCUAGACUAGCUAUCCCAAGCAAGUUUUGUUUUUGUAUUCUUUCUUUGUGGUGAGGUGGAAGCAAACUAGAUGGCCAAGAAGAUCUGUCCCAAUGGAUCAUCCAGAAAUAAGAAAUAGCCUUCUGGCACCUUAAAGAUUAACAAAAAAUUAUUUUAGCAUAAACUUUCAUUGUCUGGGGUCCAUUUCAUUUCAUGCAAGUGGACUCUAGUUCAACAAAGCUUCUGCCACAAUAAAUUUGUUAGAUUUUAAAGUGCCACAAAACUCUUUGUCAACAGACUAACACAGCUGCCCCUCUGGAAAUACCCUUAGAAAACCUAAAGUUAGGUUGUGACACAUAAGGGCUGGGAAUAUACUGCAUUAAACUGUCUUGAGGUAUAAAUAAUUCUUGUUAACGCUGUAUCUGCAUGGGCCAGAAUGCCUCUGCUACUCAAAGACCAAGUCACACACAGCUAUUGUCUGCUGCUAACAGUUGGAUCGCUGGCAACGUAAAUAUGUAUUACCUUGGUAAGACAAACCUGAACAUGCUUGCCCUGUGUUUUGCUUUGGGGAAUUGAAAACUUCCUCUAGAAAUGGCUCAGUUUUAGGUAGGUUUUAUUAGGAGCAGCUCGUAUGGAAGAGUCUGCCAUGACAUCUUAUUCCCUGUGGUGUGUUGCUGCAUCACUUUGUGUCCUUGGAUAUUAGAAAGGGAAGUAUUAGAAGGAAUGCUCCCUGAGUGCCAGGCUACACAUUCUGUAAGGAUAGAGAUGAACUCUUCUUAAAGGUAAAGGUAAAGGGACCCCUGACCAUUAGGUCCAGUCGUGGCCGACUCUGGGGUUGCGGCACUCAUCUCGCUUUAUUGGCCAAGGGAGCCGGCAUACAGCUUCCAGGUCAUGUGGCCAGCAGGACUAAGCCGCUUCUGGCGAACCAGAGCAGCGCACGGAAACGCCGUUUACCUUCCUGCCGGAGUGGUACCUAUUUAUCUACUUGCACUUUGAUGUGCUUUCAAACUGCUAGGUGCAAGGAACAAUUGCUUAUUUCUAUGGAUGUCCUGCAACAAAGUAAGGAAUUGCCUGCCAUGGUAUCUAGUUCAAGAGUUUAAAUUUAGAAACAAUGCCUUGCUUUUUAUUUAUUUUCUUCAGGUCUGGGGGAAUUGAAAUCGGCUUCUGUUAUCACACACUGAUUCCAUUUAUAUAUAUUUUUGUUCAAAAGGACUGAAACAGAAUGUCAGCCUCUUAUGGGAGUUUGCGGGGCAAUGCAACUAGGGAUUGUCAAUUUCAGUUCCUCUCAGGUGAGAGACUGAGCGGGAGUUUGUGUAGGUAGAGGGUGGGUCCAUGAGGAAGAGAGCUGGGAGUGAGAGUUCACACGGGACACAAGCAGGGAGUGGGGGGGGCAGGGGGUGAUGUUGUGAUGACGGAAAGGGGUCUGACUUAAAGGUUGAAAGGGGGCCAGAGAGCCGGACGUUUCCUUUCCCACUUGUAUUGGAGCUCAGCUGGGGAGAAAAAGGAGUCAUGUAAGUGUCAGGAUCAUGUAUGAAUCAGUCCCAGGGUAAGUUUGCAGGGAGGUAAGAUUAAGGGAUUAAGCUUCAGCACCCAAUUGCUUCAAAAAUUGGAUGUAUAUCACCUGCUUUAUAAUUGAUUUUAAAAACAAGGAUUGGUGCUCACAGCUUGGUUUAACUGGAGGGAUUUGCCGCUAGAGGGGGCUGUAACACAUUCUUUGACAACUGGAUAGACAAGAUUGUGACCUUUGCCCAGAGAUGUCCCCAGAGCCACAACUCGGCCAGUUUCUUGAUGUCUAAACUGGCCAAGCACACAUGGGUCUUUAAAUCCAUUCAGUCUUAAGUUAAAAUCAGUGUCUCUCUAGCUAUAUAAUGUGAACUGGAGGAUUUAUUCCCAUCCUGCUUCUCCCCCCCCCCCAAAAAAAGCUGGAGUGCAAAGCUGUGACUUUUUUUGGCGUUUGGAACAUUUGUCUUUCUAUGCUUGUUUUAUAAGUCAAGAGUAAAAAUGAUCUUAUUGUUGCACUAUUUCAAGAUGCUUUUGACUCAUUAGCCAAGUAUCUGAACUCCUAGUAGUAAAUAUAGAUUCUUAACAUCAGUCUUCCAUUUGAGAUGAAUCUUAAUUUAUAUCACAGAAUAAUAGAAUCAUCAUACCUUUCAAAUUUUAAAAGCAUGAUUGCACCUGGUGGGCUGGUUCCCCGACACAUGAUGGUUAUGUUUUGGUGAUAUUUAACUUCAGUUAGAAUUUUGGAGUUGAUCCAUCCACAUAAUGAUUUGAUUUUUGUGAAGUUGUAAGCUAUUUUGUAAGGGACACGGGUGGCGCUGUGGGUUGAACCUCAGAGCCUAGGACUUGCUGAUCAGUAGGUCAGUGGUUCGGAUCCCCGCGACGGGGUGAGCUCCUGUUGCUCGGUCCCUGCUCCUGCCCACCUAGCAGUUCGAAAGCAUGUCAAAGUACAAGUAGAUAAAUAGGUACCGAUCCGGCGGGAAGGUAAACGGCAUUUCCAUGCGCUGCUCUGGUUUGCCAGAAGCGGCUUAGUCAUGCUGGCCACAUGACCCGGAAGCUGUACGCUGGCUCCCUCGGCCAAUAAAGCGAGAUGAGCGCCACAACCGCAGAGUCGCCCACUACUGGACCUAAUGGUCAGGGGUCCCUUUACCUUUAAGCUAUUUUUAAGUAUGUGGAAUUGCCUAGUUUUUUUUGGGGGGGGGUAAGGGGGUGUUAAAAGAAAAAAAAAUGCAGGCUAAAAUAUGAUUGGGAACAAAAUACAGUUGAGCAAAGAAGAAUAAACAGAACUUUAAGACUUGAGAACGGAUAGUUGUUGGUUAAGGAUAGAACCGACAUAGCAGUUAAAUGAUGUGCUGUGGACUUUUGGCUCAAGAGACUCUGGAUGACUUAAUUUUGCUAAAAGUAAGCAUAACUUUAGAGAGGGCAUAAGUGGGAAAAGUCUAAAGGCAAAACUUACUAAUUUCUGCAAUGGAACUUGAUGCAGACAUGUCAUUCAAGUUUUUGUUCAUACUUGUAUCUCUUAUCUCUUCCCACUCCCUUUUGUUUCAAAGCACUCAAUAAAAUGUACUAAUAGGUUAUCAUAAUGCAGUAAUAGGCUGUCAGCAUUUAAGAUCUAUCUCAUAUAAUUUUGAUUUCUUAUCGUUACGAUAAUUGUUGUAAAUUCCUGCAGGUGUAUGUAUGUAUGUAUGUAUGUAUGUAUGUAUGUUGUGGUUUCUGUAUGUAGAAGCAUUUGCUCACAUAGGUCUCCUGUUACCUUUGCCUUUCUCUUUCUUCUUAUCACUUCUCCUAGCACUGACAUUUAAAUUGUAAGCUUCUUGAGACAGAGUUGUUUUGAUUCUCUUACAUGAGUGCUAUGUACAGUGUUGGUUCCAUGUCCCCUUUUGUAUAAAGAUAGGCAACAUUAUGCUAAUUUAAACACUUUUUCUUAAAUCUUUGAGAUUUGAAGAAAAAUCAGUUUUAAAAAGUUAAGAAAGUAAAAGUCAGAGGUUGCUUUGUGCCUAACCCCAAGUGACCUUACUUCAAGUUUUCUUUCUGUGUGUUCCAAAGGAGCAAUGUUCCCAGGCCCUUCUCGCAACUUUGGUUGCCAGCUGGCUCCGUCCCUUUCUAGCGGAUACUCCUUUGCUAUUUCCAGGGCCUGGCAAAGGACGCUUCCAUUUGCAAUGGGCUGCCUUUUAGUAAUAUCUGUUUAACUAUAUUUUAAUAUGUAAUAGUAUGUUUAUAAGCCAGCCUGUAAACAACUGAAGAAAUUGAGAACUUGUAAGUCUUGCCCAGAGUGUCCUGCAUGCUAAUGUUUAGACUUUUAUAGACUGGAAUUCUUUUAUUAUUCUUAUUUAAAUUUACUGGCUUUCUUCUUUUGGAGUCCUAGCUACAAACUUGACUAAUAUUUCAUUGAAAAUCAAUAGUUUUCUUUAACUGAAAAUAGAUUUACAUAGCUUGCAUUACUAGCAUACUUGAUGCAUUUACAUUGGCUUUUACGAUAUGGCUGCUGAAGCAGACAUACGAUAAAAGGGAAUGGGUGUGAGUGCCUGUGGAAUUUGAAGGGAGUGGCUUAUAUUUGGGUAUUGUCUUUUUUUCUCCCCCCCCCCCCCUUGAAUUUUAAAGGUGUGGCUAAUAUUCUUGUGCGGCUUAUAUUCGGGCCAAUAUGGUAAGAAAGCAAAAUACUCUGGCUUCAGUCUUCUGGAAGGGAGAUUUUAGGGUGUUGUGUUCCCUGACUGCAAAUUGCAGUGGUUUGCCAAGCUGCCUAAAAAUAAAGUUAGUAGUGAGUGACUUCAACAUUUCCCCUUUGAAAUAUCGCUAUUUUACACCCUACAGCCUGCAGUAAUAUUUUUCCUCCAUUAGAUUGUAUUUUUGCUCUAUAGUCUCUCCUGUUUACUUCUUUGAGUCACUAUAAAAUGUAACUUUUCUGUUAUGUGACAGGUUGAAAAAUACUUUCAGUACUUGAGGCAAAGCAGACGAAAAUAGUGGUAAAAGUUAAAGUACAUUGAUCCUGUUGUUACCCCUGCAGAACUCCAGGGAAAUAAUCUUUGCAUUUCUAGCAGGUUCCUUUCCAGCCAGAGUGCAGUAGCAAGCAGAUGUUGUACCUCUACAGUGAACAAAGUACCACAACCUAGUUUUGAAUUUUGAACAAGAUAUUUAUUAAGGGAAAUCUACAAUCAUUAGGCAUAUGCAGAAAAUGAAGCUGUCUAGUAUUAUUUUAUUUUAUAGAUGGGAAAAAGGAGUUUCAUUUACAUGCUCUUAAAGGCUUUGUCUCCGCAGCAUGCCUGUAGUGCCACAGGGGCACGCUGGCAUGUUAGAUUGUUUUGAAGUGUAACAGUUGGAUUCAUUCUGCAGUGCCAAUUAAUCCUCCCCCUUUGUCCUGCUAAAAUUUAAAAUGGAGUUGUUUAUGCAUCAGCUUUAUUCCGUAUAGAAGGCCAUAUAUGUAACAAAGCUCUAUUUUUUAUUUAUUUUUGAACCCCUUUUCACCCCUCUCUGCAAAGUUCUUCUUCCCUCCCAGUUGCAGUGGGGACAGUCUUGUGAUUGCCUUCAGUAUCCUAUAGCAGUGGUGGCGAACCUGUGGCACGCGUGCCAGAGACGGCACUCAGAGCCCUCUCUGUGGGCAUGCGCACAGGUGGGAGGAGGAGGAGGGCUCACGCGUACGCACACGUCCACAGCCUGCAGCCCGAGUGCCGUAGCGUGCGUGCCAGGGGUAGGGGAGGAGGAGAGAAGGGCUGGGCUAGGGUAAGGAGAGGGGGGCGCCUCCGCCACGGAAGCAGCGGCCUCCCCUGACAGAGGGAGGCGACUUGAGCGCAACAAAACUUUUUUUUUAAAUAAGAUAUUUAUUAGGAUUUUUUUUAAGAUACUACAAUAAAAAAUGAAAAAGAAAAAAAAUACAAAAUAAAAAUGAUUAAAAACACUCAGAUUUUCCAUUGCUUAUUUUUCUUUAGCUUGUUUCCCGGACCUCCUCAUACCUCCCUUUUUUGUAUUCCAGUUCAGUUUGUUGGUUCAGCAAAUCCUUACCCUCUUUGUUUAUCCUAAUCUUUGGUCUUAAAAUAGUAACAUUAGAUUUUUACCUCUUAACAACCCCAUUUUCUUAUUCCCUUAAAGCAUUACAGCUAGAAACCACUUAAUUUCUAUCCAACAUCGUUCUAACAUUCAUUAAUUUUACAAUAUUUCUGUAGAUAAUCUUUGAACUUCUUCCAAUCUUCUUCCACCGACUCUUCUCCCUGGUCUCGGAUUCUGCCAGUCAUUUCUGCCAGUUCCAUAUAGUCCAUCAGCUUCAUCUGCCAUUCUUCCAGAGUGGGUAGAUCUUGUGUCUUCCAAUACUUUACAAUGAGUAUUCUUGCUGCUGUUGUAGCAUACAUAAAAAAGGUUCUAUCCUUCUUUGGCACCAAUUGACCGACUAUGCCUAGGAGAAAGGCCUCUGGUUUCUUCAAGAAGGUAUAUUUAAAUACAUUUUUCAGUUCAUUAUAUAUCAUUUCCCAGAAAGCCUUAAUCCUUGGGCACGUCCACCAAAGGUGAAAUAAUGUACCUUCAGUUUCUUUACAUUUCCAACAUUUGUUAUCGGGCAAAUGAUAAAUUUUUGCAAGCUUGACUGGGGCCAUGUACCACCUGUAAAUCAUUUUCAUAAUAUUCUCUCUUAGGGCAUUACAUGCCGUAAACUUCAUACCUGUGGUCCAUAACUGUUCCCAGUCAGCCAUCAUUAUGUUAUGACCAACGUCUUGUGCCCAUUUAAUCAUAACAGAUUUCACCGUUUCAUCCUGAGUAUUCCAUUUCAACAGCAAGUUAUACAUCUUUGACAAAAUCUUAGUUUUGGGUUCUAAUAGUUCUGUUUCUAAUUUUGAUUUUUCCGCCUGGAAACCAAUUUUCUUUUGAGUGCAACAAAACUAACAACCGCAAGACGGGAGAUGAUCUGGUGUGGGAAUUUGUGCGUGGGGGCCUUAGAAACCUCCUGCGCUUUCUUGGGAAUGAAGCGUUGCCAAGGUCGGCGGGGUUUACUCCCGAGUAAAGGUGUGCAGAAUAAGGAGGAGGGAAGCCUGGUGAGGACUCAAAGGGGGCCAGGUGUAGGUGAGGGAAUUAAGAACAAGAAGGUGGGCAACACUGGGGUGUGAGGGAUGGGCGUCCUCUCUGGAGGGUUGUUUCCCAUUAUAAAGAGUAUCUGAGGAGGGAUCAACAGGACUUCAGCCAGCCGACUUCCCGUGGGACUGAUAGGGGUGCAUGUAAACACGCUUGUGCAGGUUGCAUUUUGCAAUAAACAGGUGCUUAAUUUUUGGCAGGCAGAAGGGGGACCCUUUUUUGGGUCAUGUGGUUUGUGUUUAGCCUUUUAUCUUGUGAAUGUAGAUAUUUACAUAUGGAAAAAGUAUUGGAAGGGAGGAGGGUUAUUGGUUUGUUCUUGUUUUCAUUAUGUAUUUUGUGUUUUUUAUCUUCUAUUUUUAUGCUGUGAACUGCCCUGAGACUUGCACAUGAAGGGCGGUAUGCAAAUUCAAUAAAUGAAUAAAUAGAAGGAUUUGGAUCUGAAUGGAGAAAAAAAGCACUGAGUUAUACCAUAAAAUUAUAUAUCUAUGGAAAGAUAAUUUAAUGAAGAAUGUAAUGCAAUAACUUUCAUGAAGGAUUAUUUAUUACAACAGCAGUCAUAAAGAAGAAACGUGAAACACACAGAAAAAUAUACAGGUGAAAUUGCCAUGUGGCACUUUGCGAUAAAUACUGUAUUAGACACACCUGACCAUAAGGCGCAUCUAGUUUUUAGAGGGGGAAUGCAAGAAAAAAAAUAUUCUUUAAAGGGAGCGCUGAGCAGAGCUUGUGUGCAUCCCAGGCUCUGUUCAGCGCUCCCUUUCACGAGCCGUGAGGAGCAUGUGUGUGGCGCUUGCAGGCUUCUCCCUCCUCGGGGAAAAGCCCCCAAGAGCCACACACACACUCCACAUGGCUCUUUAAAGGGAGCGCGGCUAUCCCUGGCUUUUGCAGGAGGUGGGGGAAGUGUUCUGGCUUCUGGGAUAGCCGUGCAGCCUGCAUUCGCUCCAUAAGAUGCACACACAUUUCCCCUUACUUUUUAGGAGAGAAAAAGUGUGUCUUAUAGAGCGAAAAAUACGCUAAGUGGGUUUUGGGUUGCAGUUUGGGCACUCAGUUUCUAAAAGGUUCGCCAUCACCGUCCUAUAGCAUUCGUCUAAUUAGUGUAUUGAGACCCACAGCCUGGGUCACAUACGCCUUGAAGGUGGAUUGUGUACCACCACUGUUUUUCUUUUGGAUGGUUUUUUUCUCUUUUAGGGAGGAGAGUGAAGAGUAGGCAAAAGAGAGAGCAUGGGAAACCAGAUUCAAAAAGGCCAUCUUGUAAGAGAUACAUUUAAAAGUCGCCCCCGUGUUUCAGGCUCUUUGAUGGGUUUGAAAAAGUAAAGAUGACUGGCAGCAAACCCGGGAUGGAUGUUGCUCUUGCCCGUAGCUGCACUGCUGCCUCCCAGCACCAUCACGGAGGGUUCAUGGCCAUUUGAAUGAGGCAGUGGCGACAUCCUGCUGCAGAUGUGGAAGGCUUUCGUCCCUGCCAUCAGGGUGGCUGUCUGUAGCAGAGCUGCAAAAAAGGGAGGGAGAGGUGAGAAGCAGGGGGACCAAGCAGCACUGAGAAGGCCCUUUUGCACCUGCAAGGCUGCCAAAUGCUGCUUGUCCUUCACCCCCCAGAGGUGUGCUCACCUGGCAGGGAAUCCACACCUUUCCCAUUUAUGCUGUAAGAACUAAGUCUGUAUUCUUUCAUGUCCCUGUGAUAUCACUGCUAGUAUUUCUCUCUCUAACUUUAUAGCCAUGUGCCUCCUUCAGAUAACAUUCCAUGCAUCUGAUUAGGUGGACCUGAGUCCAUUAAAGCUUAUAAAAUGAUCAGUUUGUUAGUCUUUCAGGUGCCAGAAGACUUUGCUGUAACAGACUAACACAGUCACCACUCUAGAAAUUUUUCUAAAUAGGUGAUCAGCGGUCAGCAGGGGGCCAGUCCACUGUCCCUCAGACCUUGUGGGGCCAGACUGUAUUUGGUGGGGGGGGAAUUAAACGAAUUCCUAUGCCCCACAAAUAACCCAAAGAUGCAUUUUAAAUAAAAGGACACAUUCUACUCAAGUAAAAACACGCUGAUUCCUGGACCACCCACGAGCCGGAUUUAUAAAGCGAUUGGGCCGGAUCCAGCCCCCGGGCCUUAGGUUGCCUACCCAUGGUGUAGAUCUAGUAAUUUGUGAAUACGUAGCAAGCUUGUAGAUUGUGAACAUGUUAAUCCUAUACAUGUUUCCUCAGAGUAAGUCUCCUAGAUUUAAAUUGCAAUUAGUUCCAACCACAUGUGCAUAGCUUUGCAACACUAAUGUGCUGCUGGACUAGAUUAUUGUGGCUUUCUUUGGAUAGCUUUGAUAUGUUGUAAGGCGCUUUGACUGGGUAAUUAAAUGUUUCUCUCUUUUCCCCUUCAGCUUUUCGCUGUAGCCUCCAGUUUCUUGGAAACAUUGCAGCUGGAAACAAAGCUUCUCAGCACAGGAUUUGGACUCUUGCUUUCCCUUCGCUUUUCUUGUAAGCAUCUUGUCCCGCCCAUCAACAAAUGAAAUAUUAUAUGGUUAUAUUUUAAGUUACCUUAUUUACCAUCCCUAAAAUGUGUUUUUGGAGAAUCAGAGAGUAGUACUUUAUUUGUGUAUGCUAAUCACAGGAAUCAGGUUAACUGGGGAAAAAAAUCUUGUUCUAAAUUUGACCAUAGAUUGGGUUGGUUUUCGACAUAGGCUGCAAGAUCACCAGUAGGCUUAAUAUGCUUAACGUUUUGUGCCAAAUCAUAUGCAGGUAGGUACAAUGGGUUUUAAUUCAUUAAUGCUUGGCUAAAUACAAGUUUAUCUUGACCAAAAUAUCACAGUUUACAUAAAAAAAUUCAGUUAUGAAUUUAGAACAGGAUCUUGAAAUUCUUUACAGCUAGGUUUUAAUAGGACUGCUAUGAAUUUCAAGAAAACCUGGUCAGUUGAUUAAUUGUUGAUUAAAGCUGCAUAAAUUUGGGUAUUAAUCGCAUAUGAAUAACUCAGUAUAUGAAUAACUUUACUUGCUUUUAGAUGAUUUACAAAUUCCUGAUGGCAGCAUUUUAGAUAACACAUUUCCUUUUGCAUGUGAGAGAAGAAUAAAUGGUUAUAUUAAUAUUGCACUGGCCAACUCAUUUUUUGUCAGUUAUAGUAUUAAAAUAGUUACAUUUUUUUAAAAAUUGCUGCCUGAUAUUAAUUUGGGGCCUACUUUUAGUUAAUUAAUUGGUUGGAGUAACUUUGAUUAAAUAAAUGUUGCAACCCCACUUUUUAGUCUAACGUCACCUCUAAGAGGAAAUGCUAAAUUCAAAUAAAUUGUUCCAGAAAUGUAUAGUAGUAUUUGAAACCUUAAACUCCUUUCUCAAUGAAAAACUAAUGACUUUGUAUUACACUGUUUAGAAUUUGCAAACUACUUUUUAAAUUGCCCAUUGCAACAUUGUCAUGAGGCAACAAAGUUUUUGAACAAAGUUUGACAGAGUUUGGGGGAUUUAAAUAGAAAAAUCUCCAUUUAAAAAUCUCUACUUGGCCACAACUCUAACCUGCUUCCCAAAACUGUGAGGGCAAGGUAGCAAACAAUGAAGUAAAAAACACUGUACACAGCAUCACAAUUUAAACAUUUCUAGUUACCAUUCCAUUCAUAUAAACAUAAGCGCUUAACUUUGUAUGAAUUCCCUCUCUGUUUCCAAAGAGUGUCAAAGCAAUUGGUGUUAAAAGGAUGACGUAAUAAUACAGCUUCAGUGCUUGCUUGCUUCAGUAGCAAUUCUUAGAUUAGCAUAACCAGACAGGAACCAAUCCUGACCUUUCUAGUCUCAGGUAAACUUUUGGAUGGAUGGAUGUGUGAGUGAAAACACUUCUCUAUAAACAGGCCUUUGGUUGAUUUACAUUCUAUGGCUUUUUAAAUGUAUUUGUGGGAGUGGGGUUAUUGGUUUGUUUUCUUUGUUUUUGUUUUAUGAAGUAUUUUGUGUUCUUAUUUUGUAUUUUUAUGUUGUGAACCACCCUGUGAUCUUCGGAUGGUAUUUUAUUGAUUGAUUGAUUGAUUGCAUUACACAUUGAGGUAUUAAUUGGGGAUAUCCAUUCGAAUAAAAUAACCCCCAAAGUCCCUUCCAACAUUCUUAGAUUCAGUAAAUACCCAUCACCAUUUGAAGAGUUGGGUGCAUUACAUAUUGUCUGUUGGUACAUAGCCUAAACAAUCCAGAACAAUAAAUAUUCCUGUUUUUUCGUUUUGUUUUUGAGGAAUUGCUUGAAACAUCAAGAUGAGAAAGUGGUUUCCUAUUGCUGUAUGGUUCUUUUCACUUGUCUUAACCCUGAGAGGACAAGAGAACUACAGGAAGAAAGCAACUUGAACGUUGCCCUUGCUGUUCUGCAGGCAUCCAGGAAGUACCCGGAAUCGGAAUGGACGUCUGUAUACCUCUCCUUUUCCCCAAUACAUUACCUUAAGUCUUUGAUAGUUGUCUUUUCUCAGAUGAGAUGUGCAGCUUGCUUUUAACUUCUUUUAGUAAAUACAUUGUAAUAACUUAAUAUUGAUUUUAAUUCUAAGAGAACUUAACAAUAUGUAAACUUUAUAUUGGCCCAAAAUAAGGCUGGGAUUGAAAGAACUGAAUGCCCAAUGGUGCUCCAUAGUCUCUGGUAGAAGUCACGUGUUUCUAACAAGCUGGGCCAUAAUUACAAUAAUUUCACACUCUUCAUCUCUUGCUAGAAGUUGUUGUGGGAGGAAGGAGAAUGUGAUAAACCCUUUUGGAUGUGCAGGUUGUUGGGCUUUUUUUUUGCAUGUCUGCAGGGCUCUUUUGACUCUAAAAUAAAAUACCACUUGCAGAUAGGGAUGGUGAGAAAUUUGAAACUCUCUUAUUUUGGCGCCCACAACCCAGGUCCCAGAAGCCAUUUGGCUCCUAGCUUUUCUACCCCAGUUUCUAACACUGACUGCCUUCAGAUGUCUUCUAAAAGUCAGGAUGUUGUUUAUUUCCUUGACAUCUGAUGGGAGGGCGUUCCACAGGGCAGGAGCCACUACCGAGAAGGCCCUCUGCCUGGUUCCCUGUAACUUGGCUUCUCGCAAUGAGGGAGCUGCCAGAAGGCCCUCGGCGCUGGACCUCAGCGUCCGGGCAGAACGAUGGGGGUGGAGACGCUCCUUUAGGGCUUUAAAGGUCAGCACCAACACUUUGAAUUGUGCUCAGAAACAGAUAUUUUGAUUAUUAAAAAGUCUUCUGUCUCUGAGAUUCUUCUCAAAGAAUUAGCCAUGGUUUUAUAUAUUUAAAUGUGAAAGGCAAGAUACCAUCUUUACUUUGAUAUACUGUGGUGGUUGCCUUAGUUUCAAAUUUAUUAGCAUAUUUAGUCGUUGCCCCCCCCCAAAACCCCCCAGUAUACUCAUUUUUGUUUUCUUACAUAGAGGCAUUUCCCUCCCUAAAUGAUGACUGAUAUACUCUAUAUACGGAAAUAGUAUAUGCUGUUGUUUUAAGUGAGGGAAUUGUUUUUUCUAGCACAGUAGUGGCCUUAAAAAGGGGGGGAUGGGACAUUUUAUUAAUGUUGAAGGUGUGUGUGUGUGUCUAGCUUUCUUCAGUUGUUGUUUUUCAUCUAAAACAACUUGAGCCCUCUUCCCAUGUACCAGAAAUAUACACUGCUUAAACUGAGCAUCUUGGCCUCACUAGAUAUGGUAACCUGGAUUUCUUCAGGUGCAGAAUUGUACUGUCUGAGGUCGAUGAAUUUUAACAGGGAGAAAUGUAAAGUAUUGCACUUGGGCAAAAAAAAUGAGAGGCACAAAUACAAGAUGGGUGACACCUGGCUUGAGAGCAGUACAUGUGAAAAGGAUCUAGGAGUCUUGGUUGACCACAAACUUGACAUGAGCCAACAGUGUGACGCGGCAGCUAAAAAGCCAAUGCAAUUCUGGGCUGCAUCAAUAGGAGUAUAGCAUCUAGAUCAAGGGAAGUAAUAGUGCCACUGUAUUCUGCUCUGGUCAGACCUCACCUGGAGUACUGUGUCCAGUUCUGGGCACCACAGUUCAAGAAGGACACUGACAAACUGGAACGUGUCCAGAGGAGGGCAACCAAAAUGGUCCAAGGCCUGGAAACGAUGCCUUAUGAGGAACGGCUAAGGGAGCUGGGCAUGUUUAGCCUGGAGAAGAGGAGGUUAAGGGGUGAUAUGAUAGCCAUGUUCAAAUAUAUCAAAGGAUGUCACAUAGAGGAGGGAGAAAGGUUGUUUUCUGCUGCUCCAGAGAAGCGGACACGGAGCAAUGGAUCCAAACUACAAGAAAGAAGAUUCCACCUAAACAUUAGGAAGAACUUCCUGACAGUAAGAGCUGUUCAACAGUGGCAUUUGCUGCCAAGGAGUGUGGUGGAGUCUCCUUCUUUGGAGGUCUUUAAGCAGAGGCUUGACAACCAUAUGUCAGGAGUGCUCUGAUGGUGUUUCCUGCUUGGCAGGGGGUUGGACUCUAUGGCCCUUGUGGUCUCUUCUAACUCUAUGAUUCUAUGAUUCUAUGAUUCUAUGGUUAUACAGGUUACUUUUUAAAAUACAAAGCAAUUUAACUUGGUCUCCUUAGAAGUUAGCCUGGCCAAGGGGUCUUGGGACUCAGUAGAUCUUGAAGAGUCAUACUUGGCAACUCACUGUGGCAGAAAUGUGGGCUUAGGGAUCUGAGCAAAUAGGAUGCUGUCCACUUGGCUGUACCCUGUAUUAUGUGCAACCUAGCGUAGCUUACUUGCAAGUAGAUUGGUCAGAGAUAAAAGGUUUUCCAUAUAUAAAUGUUCCUGAAGCAAUUCACAAUAUAUCCGGUUAAAAGGACCUCAGGUAUCAGGGGUGGAGAAAGCAUCUAGCUGAAAUCUUGGAUAGCCGCUAGAUAGUAAAGGGGAUAGUUUUGUGCUAAAUACACCUAUGGGUGGUUAAUUAUAAGGCAGCUUCUCUAAUCCUUAUAUUGUAAUGAUUAGCAUAGGCCAUAAUAAUAAUAAAAAAAUAGAGCAAGGAUCUUGUGUGGAUGUAUUGCAUUGCUGACAGAGAGUGUGAGUUCUGUGCAAUACAUACUGUGCCAAAUCAUAGAUAUAUAGUCUGUGUGUGUGUGUAUGUGUGUGUGUGUAUAUAUAUAUAUAUAUAUAUCCAUCGUCUUCUAUCCUGUUUAUUAUCCCAGUCCUGUAAUCAUUACUGUGGUUAUCUACUCAUAUGUUUUCCUGGGUAGAGGGAGAGGAGAUAGCAGAAAUAAGAUGGGAAUGUCAUGAACUGCAGUGUAAACUGAUCCAACUGCUUCUCUGAGUUGCAUUUCUUCCUUCCCUCCCCCUCCCCCUUUUACGUAUAAAAAAACACUUCUUUACACGCAAGCAGAUGAAAAGUCAUGCCUUAGGCACUGGAAAAUUUAAAAGUCUUCAAGAAGUCAGAUAAUUUUUUUCUAUUUUGGUUUGCUCUAAUCAACAGCAGAGAAGAGCCUUGUGUCUUUUGAAAACUACUGCCUGUAAAAGGGAAAAGAAACAACUUUGGACACCAUAUGUUAUCUAUUUUAAACACUGAACCUGCAAACACAUACUGUAUAUCUGGGAUAGGGAAAAGUGCUUCAAAGAUGCAUUAUAAUUUAUCCAGUAUAUGUUAUAAAAGCUAAUUUAGAAAAAGUAUGGAUAUUCAAUUACAGACUAGAUUUAGGACUGGUGCUCCAUUAAGGAAGGGUUUCUCAGUGAGCUUCAAUCAGCUACAUUUGUCAUAUUAAAAUUACUGAUUUGAAGAAAAGGCAUUCUUUGUCUUUAGAUAAUUUUAGAACAAGCAUUCCCUCCUGAGCACCCAAGGAGAGCCUGCUGGAUCAAGCCAGUGGCCCGCCUAGUCCAGCAUCCUGGUCUCACAGGGCCAAGCAGAUGCCUGCGCUCUGCCUCUAUGCAGGACCGGAGGGUGUCCUCCCUUGCGGUCUUAGAGGCAGACUGGCUCUGACAAGGGAGGUCCUAGUGCACAGCCCUCAUGGCUAGUAGGAGACGCCAAGCCUGCAAGAAGGGCGCUUCCCCACUCGUGAUUCCCAGCAAUGGUAUUCAGAGGCAUCUCACCUCUGAUAUUGGAAGUAAUACACAACCACUGUAGUGGUAACCACUGAUAGCCUAAACCUCCAUGAAUCUGUCUGACCCCUUUUCAAGCCAUCCUGGUGGGUGGUCAUCACUACAUUUUGUGACGGCAAAUUCCAUAGUACAGUGUGUGAAGAAGUGCUUCCCUUUCCCCAUUUUGAAUCUUCCAACAUUCUGUUUCAUCGAAUGUCCCCAAAUUCUAGUAUUAUAAGAGUGGGAGAAAAGUUUUCUCGGUCUAGUUUCUCCACACCAUGCAUAAUUUCUAUCAUAUCUCUUCUUACUCACCUUCUCUCUCAACCAGUAAGCCCCCAACACUGUAACCUUUCCUUGAUCAUUUUGGUUUACUUUUUCUACAUCUUUUCCAGUUUUGAAAUACCCCUUUUGAGGUGAGGAAACAAGAACUUUAUUCCAAGUGUGUUUAUACAUGCGAAGUCCAGAAAAAAGCAGAAUUCUUUGGGGAGGAACCAUUUUUAUCUGUUGAUAUAGUUGUGGUGGAGGAGAGGAUAAUGGGGGAGAAGAAACUAAACUGUGCCCUGCUUCGUAUUUGUUCUUAACUGGAAUAAGCUUAUAUGAAUACAGUGGUACCUCGGGAUGCGAACGUGAUCCGUUCCGGAGCCCUGUUCGCAUCCCAAACGGAACGUAAGAUGCGACGGCACAUCUGCGCGUGCACGGCUCGCGUUUUGCCACUUCUGUGCAUGCGCCUGAUGUCAUUUUGAGCGUCUGCGCAUGCUUGAGCGGCAAAACCUGGAAGUAAUGCGCUCUGUUACUUCCAGGUUGCCACGGAGCGCAACCCGAAAGCGCUCAACCGGAAGCACAUUCAACUCGAGGUAUGACUGUAUAGCUGAUUCUGUACAUCACUUCUACAAGUUUAAAGACCAGGAAAUAGGGUUAUCCUUCCCCACUUCAUAGGUACUUCAAGCUUGUGGAGCUAAUCAUGAAUGGAAAGCCAGUAGUUGAGACCAGAAGCUGUGAGGAAGUUUGAAAAGGGAGUCAUGGAAUUGUAGAAUCAUUAUGCUAUAAUGUGUAAAGUAUUCUCUAGCUGUGUGUAAAAAUAUUUUUCAGCCCUCUUACGGGUUGAAAAUCCUUCCUUCCUAACUUAGGGAUAGUUUUAUUUUUUCCCCUACAAAAUUGUGUGCUCUCCAAAAGACCAAAUUUGUUUUUAAUUCCUGGAAAGUUGGAGUUUCCUCAUGUUACAAGUUCCAAGUGCAAGUGAGGGUUUGAUAGCUAUUUCUCACUGGAAAAAAUGUUCUUUAAUUGUAGUGUUGCAACAGAUACUUGACAUCUGUAGAAGCAAUGCUGGUAUUCUACAAGAACUCUUUUAAUAGUUUUCUCUCAAAGCCAUGACUAUAUUUGACUUUUGAAUGGGAAUUGUGACUAAUAUAAUCACAAACACCAUGUGGAAAUGAUUUUUGUGCUGAAGCUGGGCAAAGCACAUCUAAUGGUCCUAUUCUCAGCAUUGAAGCUGGGCCACAUUGCAUAAUAUAAACAGAAUGCCUUUGUGGGUGGGGCUACAAGUGGAUCUGGCCAUUUGGAGUGUCAAGGGACAUACUUUGCACAACAUGAGGAUGCUGCUGAAAAGGCAUAUUCCCUUGGUGAAUUUGCCUUCUUUUAUCUGUAAUAUUUAGGAGCCCUUACGCCAUGUUGUGAAGUCAUUCUGUGAGUUUUCAUGUCUCAUUCCUUAUCAUAGGCUGGUGGAGAGAAGAAAAACUCAGAAUGCAAUGGUGUCACUGCAUGGGGCAAGCGUUAUGGAUAAUGACAUUUUUGGUGGUACCCCCAUUUUGCAUUUAAUAAUAAUAAUAAUAAUAAUAAUAAUAAUUUAUUAUUUGUACCCCGCCCAUCUGGCUGGGUUUCCCCAGCCACUCUGGGCGGCUUCCAUAGAAACCAAAAAAACACUAAAAUAUCAUACAUUAAAAACUUCCCUGAACAGGGCUGCCUUAAGAUGUCUUCUGAAUGUCAGGUAGUUGUUUAUCGUUUUGACAUCGGAUGGGAGGGUGUUCCACAGGGCAGGCGCCACUACCGAAAAGGCCCUCUGCCUGGUUCCCUGUAGCUUUGCUUCUCGCAAUGAGGGAACCGCCAGAAGGCCCUCGGCACUGGACCUCAGCGUCCGGGCAGAACGAUGGGGGUGGAGACGCUCCUUCAGGUAUACUGGGCCGAGGCCGUUUAGGGCUUUAAAGGUCAACACCAGCACUUUGAAUUGUGCUCGGAAACGUACUGGGAGCCAAUGUAGGUCUUUCAAGGCCGGUGUUAUGUGGUCUCGGCGGCCGCCCCCAGUCACCAGUCUAGCUGCCGCAUUCUGGAUUAGCUGUAGUUUCCGAGUCACCUUCAAAGGUAGCCCCACAUAGAGCGCAUUGCAGUAGUCCAAGCGGGAGAUAACUAGAGCAUGCACCACUCUGGCGAGACAGUCCGCGGGCAGGUAGGGUCUCAGCCUGCGUACCAGGUGGAGUUGGUAGACAGCUGCCCUGGAUACAGAAUUGACCUGCGCCUCCAUGGACAGCUGUGAGUCCAAAAUGACUCCCAGGCUACGCACCUGGUCCUUCAGGGGCACAGUUACCCUAUUCAGGACCAGGGAGUCCUCCACACCAGCCCGUCCCCUGUCCCCCAAAAACAGUACUUCUGUCUUGUCAGGAUUCAACUUCAAUCCAUUAGCCGCCGUCCAUCCUCCAACCGCCUCCAGGCACUUACACAGGACCUUCACCACCUUCACUGGUUCUGAUUUGAAAGAGAGGUAGAGCUGGGUAUCAUCUGCAUAUUGAUGGACACCCAGUCCAAACCCCCUGAUGAUCUCUCCCAGCGGCUGCAUGUAGAUGUUAAAAAGCAUGGGGGAGAGGACGGAACCCUGAGGCACCCCACAAGUGAGGGCCCAAGGGUCUGAACACUCAUCCCCCACCACCACUUUCUGAACACGGCCCAGGAGGAAGGAGCGAAACCACUGUAUAACAGUGCCCCCAGCUCCCAACCCCUCUAGACGGUCCAGAAGGAUGUUAUGGUUGAUGGUAUCAAAGGCCGCUGAGAGAUCCAGCAGAACUAGGAAACAGCUCUCACCUUUGUCCCUAGCCCGCCGGAGAUCAUCAACCAGUGCAACCAAGGCAGUUUCAGUCCCAUGAUGAGGCCUGAACCUGAUUGGAAGGGAUCCAAAUGGUCCGCAUCCUCCAGGCGUGCCUGGAGUUGUUCAGCAACCACACGCUCAAUCACCUUGCCCAAGAAUGGAAGAUUUGAGACUGGGCGAUAGUUGGCCAUACUGGCCGGGUCUAAAGAUGGUUGUUUAGGAGCGGUUUAAUGACCGCCUCUUUCAGCGGAUCUGGGAAUGUUCCCUCACAGAGGGAAGCAUUCACCACCCCGCAGAGCCCAUCGCCCAGCCCUUCCCGGCUUGCUUUUAUAAGCCAGGAUGGGCAAGGAUCAAGGAGACAGGUGGUUGGUUUCACACGUCCAAGCAGCCUGUCCACAUCCUCGGGGGUAACUUGGUUGUGAUUUAAUGUGUAACUUGGUUGUGAUUCUGUUUGUUUUCCAACCCCCUUCCUUAAUCAGUCAGAUUUAUUACUUGUAAAAGGUGUGAUUUUGCUUCUUAAGGAAAUGCAACUAUUUUGGUUUGAGAUGAAAUAAUCCUAUAAUCUGGUAAAUCUUCCCUUCUCCUGUUUAUAGCGAAAUCAUAGCACAUGACUUGAAUGGAGCUCAUGCUCAUGUAAAUAUAUAUAGGAUUGCACCCUUAGUGUUCUGACUGUCUCAAAAACCAAGUGCCUACUUGGUUACCUGGUCACCUGAAAUUCACAGUCAACAGCUAAAAAAAAAUUAUGAUUGUUUUUUCCAUCUUUGUCCAAGACUGAAUCCUGAAGGUUUCAAAUGUUUGUUACGCAGCAGUGCAUGAUCCAUUGGACAAAGGGGUGCAUGUGGAAAGAACAUUAGAUUGGGAAUCUCCAUUUUUGUAGUUUAGGAAAAUCUACAGAGGAAUUUGCCUACUUCUGUUAUCAAAGAUGUCCUGGCUUGCGUGGGACAGGGAAUUUAAUCCAACUAUUUGUGUGCAUAAGAAAUUCAGUAUCAUAAUUGAGUUAUCUAUUUAGCAUGUUUACAUUUACAAAUGAUUGUAUUCUUGUGUCUCCCAUUUACUUUAUAUUACGUUUAAGUCUGCCUGAACAAUAUCCAAUUCAUUUAUUUUAUUUUAUUUUUUUUAAAAUACCAUUUACUAUUUAAUCUUCUUAAACUGGGGUCAAGGAAUAGAGGCGCAAUGGACCAACUUCUGAAGUGUUGCCAGCCAGGACAGAAAGCGGGGGGGGGGGGGGGGAUUUUUUAUAUUUUGCAAUGCUACCACUAAGCUAGCAUACUUGAGGGGUCUGAGGUGGAAUGCAUGGUGUUUUGGAUCGGACAGAACCAAAGCUUUGGCAACCCAUGGACAGCUAGGAGCCUAAAAUGACCCCCAGGCUGCACACGUGGUCCUUCAUGAAUUUAGGAGGUUAGGGAUUGCAGUAGCAAUUAGCAAAUUUAUUUAUAGGCUAGAAUUUCUGACGACACGUGUCCAGGGCUGGAUUUAGGUUUGAUGAGGCCCUAAGCAACUGAAGGUAAUGGGGCCCUUUGUAUGUCCAGCUGUCCUUUGUCCACAACAAAUUGUCACUGGCUUUUUGUGUUGAAUAUAUGCUAUAUGGUAAUUUAUGGAUCUAAUAGGUAUCUAAAGCCAUUUGCACAUAACAAAGUAUGUCUUUGAUCAAAGUAAUUGUUGAACUUAUCUUAUAUUUUGGAAAUGUACAUCUAGUUUUUCCCCCCCUUUAAAUUUUUUUGGGGGCCCCAAGAGAGUGGGGUCCUAAGCUACAGCUUGUUUAGCUUAUACGUAAAUCCGGCACUGCGCAUGUCCAUGGUUGCAAAGAAAAAAAUAGUUAAAUUUGUUGUUGUUGUUUACUUCUUAUAUAGUUUAGCAGGUACUGAUAGAAAUGUAACUUGAUUAGUGACCAAUUAUUAUAAAAUGCCUGUGUGAACUACCGGUAACUUUGCACAGUGCAAAGUAGCUAACUUUUGCAGUUUUCCUACAACCAACAACAGUUUGUCCUAUUGUUCUUCCUCCCCUUUCAGGUUCUUGAUUGUUACCAACCAUUUGCUGAAGUGCCCCGAGUUGGUCAAAGCCAUGUAUGCCAAACUGAGCAAUCAAGAAAGGUAACCCCAAAAACCAAUGUGGGUUUCAGCAUUUAGCAUUCCAUAUAGAGUAUCCUGUUCACAUGAUCUGAAAAAAAAAAAGUGUGGUUUCAUAGUUGGCACAGAAUCUCUAAAUACAUGUUUCUAUGUCAGUAAUGGUUUUAAAUUGGUUGGUUAACAUUACAAUUUAGCCACAACUGGCAGGGAUUUAGACAGGGGUUGCAGAAUCCAGGUUGGCGCCCUUGCUCUGUAAGAAAUGCGCACACAGAAAGAGAAAAUGAAGGCAAGAUUUCAUGCUUAUGCCUUGAUUUCAUAAGUGCACCGCACCCUCUUGUAUUUUAUGGCUCAACUUAUACAGCCAUUUAAUAGCUAUUUGAAAAAAACAGAUUUGCACCAAAUAACUUUAGAUAUGCUUCACUACCUUGCAAAGGAAGUGCACAAUGAAUGCGACAAUACAUUUGUGCCGUGUUCUUUUAUAUCUCAAUCUGCACAAACAAGCACAUAAAUUCUGUGUAUGGAAAAGAGCAAGUGUGCUGCUCUUCAAAAAGGAGAUGGGUGGGGUAGAAGUUGCACAUUAUAGGUCAGAAUCUACAAUAUACAUAUUUUUAACAAAAUCAGGCAGGCCUCAUUAAAAAAAAUAUAAGGAGAUGUGGGCCAGCAACUGGCUGCACCACUAUUUAGUGAACAGAAACCUGAAAGGCGGUUAGGUUAGAUUAGCACCCUGUGGACGGGAUUUUUUUCUGGGGAGCGGACAACGUAUGAUGAUCUAUUCUGCAUUCCUCACCCCACUUACAUGGGAGUUAGCCCUAUUGAUUAGACAUAGUUAGGAUUACAGUCUUAAGUGAGUAUGUUUUUUACUCAACUAGUUUUUACUGAUUUUGAAUCUGAAGCAAAAGCUGAGCUUUUAACUUGGCUUGAGGCCUGCCCUUACCAUUUAGUUUAUAUGCUGCACUUAACCUUAAGUCGAACCUGUGGUAAGCUUCCACUGAGGUUUUUAGACGUAUAAGUUACUCUUUAGUUUUAAGAUGUCAGUUUCAUACCCUAAAUUUGAAACUGAACUACGGUUGUAGUUGCGGUUUGCUGCAGUCCCCCAAGGCUGCCCUGCUAGAGUUAGAGCAGGAAAAAAAGGUUCAACAGACUUCUCACCCCUAGGAUGCCACUCCUGAACUAUAAUUUUUACAGGGUUUAGAUUAAGCUCCUGCCGCCCAUUGCCUUUCCCCUUGUUACAGUUUUAGUUGUACUUUAAGAAAAUACAUGAAUAAAUGGUUGGUAAACACAGUACUUGCCCUUUCCAUGCCCAACCCUCUGACUUGCUUGUUACCUUGACAGUUUGUUCCUGGGCCCUAGACUUUACAUCAGCUUCGUAAGGAACAAACAAAAUCACGUUUCACUGUUGGUGCUAGCAGUAGAACUGCCAGCAGUAGCAGGCAAAAGAAAUCAAGCAGUGUAUACAUUUUAUGAAACAAACAAACAAACAAACAAACAAACAACAAUAUAAAAAGUUGCCAGGGGGCUCCCUCACACAGAGCCUGCCACUUCUGGCCGCAGCCCUAGCAGCCAGAACGCAGUAGAAGGGGCAGUGGAGUGGCCUCCUCCUCCUGCGUUUCUAGCUUGACACCUUCUUCUCUUUUUACUAGUCUGCUUUUUACUCCCCAGAGGGGCUGGCAAAGAAGGGACCAAGUGCUCUGUCCAACCUCUAAAAGCCCCUCAUAUCAGAAAUAUCAGAGAAUUUCAUUUUACAGGCUAGUAAGUUUUAAGACUUGGGAUAUAGUUUGGGAAUCAGGAUUCGUCUCAAGGGAGCAUCUUAUUAAUUGAACAAUAAUUGGACAACUUAAAUUGGGGUGGGGGUUGUUAACAUUUUGUAACACAAGAAUUGGGAAUACUGUAACCUAGGCAGUUGACUCCCUGUGAAGUUAAAGGAGUAUAUUCAUGUAUCAUAUCAAACUGUACUACCUUUUAAAUUUGGAAAAAAUGAGGGUUAUUGUUUGGGGAAAAGAUUUUGGAAUUUCUUCUUCAGAGAGGUAGGGCCGAAAAUAUAGGAGCCAAAAAACAUUUUUCUGCCAGUACAUCAUUGAAAGAGACUUAAUUUAAGAUACUCUAGAUAAUAUGUGACACAUCAAAGAAUAAAUAUAUGGAAUGGAUAUGUUUGGAUGCUUGAAAUGUGGAAUGGUGGAUGCAGACUUAUAUGUUAUGAAGAUGUCCCACAGUUCAAAAUGAUUGGGCUCAAGUUUUAAGGAUCAGUUUGCAAAUUGACAUACUAACAAUGGUUCUAAAUUGUAUAAUGAAUGUACCAAAGAAACCUGAUAGUUAAUCUUUUGCUAGUGGCCAGCAUAAUACUUGUUCAAUACUGACAAAAAUUGUCAGCUCAUUCUACUGGAGCAGCAGACUCCAGCCUGGUGCCCUGUUUUGGAAUACAACUUUCAUCUGCCCCAGCCAGCAUCUUCAGGGGUCAAGAAUUAUGAGAGUUGUAGUCUUAAACAAGAAAGAAAAACAAAAAAUGGGUCAUUUCCUGAAUUUAAUAAAAGAAAUAUAUCACACAUCUGGUAUAGACUGAAGGAUAAACUGAGUGAAUAUUACCUCUUACUUCAGUUUAAUUGUUGUAAACCACUCUGAUUUUUUAAAAAAAAUGAGUAGUGGUAUAUAAACAUUUUUAUAACUAGGUAAGUAAAAAUCAUACUUAAGGUGUGGAUUGGAAUUUCUUUGGUCAGAGACUCCAUGAGGCAUCAGGAGAUCUGUGGUGGCCUAGCAACCGUGGUCUAAUUUAAAUAUAUUGACUGUGCCCUCCGUUUGGUAUGCUUCAAUGUAAAUAAGCAAGGCUUGCAUUUUUAUUCUAGGGCGUCGUUUUUAGAAUUGAUACAGUCAGAAAUUGGUGAAAACGAUACAGUUAUCAGUGCAGAAACAGCCAAAUUUCUUGUAAAUUGUUUUAAGGAGAAAUGUCAAGCCGUGCUCAUAUUGGCUUUUGCAGCAAAUGAUGAUGAUGAGGUAAGUAUAUUUUUAUCUGAUGUUGUAAACCUGAUGAAACGUGAUCUGAUCUAGAGCUCUGUGGCUCUCAUUUGCAUUUACCAGUUCAGCUCACUACAGACAGUUACUCCGUACAUGUCCUGUAAGACAUUAUUGAUAGGAAAGCAGACAUUUAAAAAACAAAUGUUAAAAAUCACCUGCAUCCAUGGAUUUUUCUGCUGUCUUGAAACAAAUAGGGAUGUUCUGUGGUUGGGCAAAGAGCGGAGGCCAAUUUAUGAGAUCUUGGUGAUUGAGUCUGUAGUAUCAAGUGCAUGAAAUAUCAGAGAUGUUUGGAUAUGCAUGUCCCAGUAAUAACUUGUAAUAUUGCCACACAGUUGAUAUAUUAGCUGAUACAGUUCGUCCUAAUACUUGUGGCUAGAUCACAUUGAAAAUUACUUGUACUCUCUUAGGCUACAAAUGGGGGAUUCCUUUGUUUGAAUUCUUCCCUGUGGGAAGGAAAAUAGCCUUCUGAGUUGAACAAAAUGUCAAGGAGAAGGCUGGAAACCUUUUUUCUUUGUGUUUUUGUUGUUGUUUUUCCCCUCUUUUUUUGUUCUGUCUUUUCUGUUGUCUUAAUGUUUGGUGUUGUAAAUUGAAUUGAAACUAAUAAAAAUUAUAAAAAAAAGAAGAAAAAAAGAGAAGGCUGGAAACCAUAUCUUUCUGAAAUCUAGUUCUUUAUAGGUAUUUGGAAAGGAGGAAAAUAUAUAACCAUACCAUCUUCUCAAAUGGAUAUAAUCCAGGAACAGAUUGAUCUGCUGUUUCUGUUAACUGGUUUGUUCAUGCAGUUUAGAAAAUCCUUAAUUUAUUAUGACCUUUAUCCAAACAUUAACACUUCUCUAUCUUAUAGACUGGAUUUUCAGUUGCAAGGGUAAUUCCUGUCUUAUUCAGGAAAGCCAUAAUAUAACACACGGCUCUGCCGCUGUAGCCCAUAAUUAUCGCUUUCUAGUCUUAAAUUUUAUAUAAUCUGUUUUCUGUAUAUGAUGAUUUGCAAUUACCACAGUUGGUACAGAUCAAUCCAGCUGCAGUUAGACAAUUCCAAGCAACGGCUCUCAGGUUGAAUAAAUAAUAUGCAAAUGACAAUAAUUUCCCUUUCUAUCUAAUCACAAAUACUCCGCAUUAUUUCAAAUGAAUAUUUAUUGAACUUUAAUGUACAUAUAAUUACUUUGCCACAAACUAUUUAAUUCUGUUGCAGAACAAUCUUAUAUUGAAAAUAAUGUAGCUAGAGACUUUCUAUAUUUCUUUAUUUCAGGUUUGUGUUUAGUUUUUAGAGUAUCACCCUUGCAGCAGUAUUUCUGUUCUUGAUAAUGUAUUUGUGAUUCUGAGGUUGAUUGGAUAUUUGUAGUACAAUAUGCUCAUUUGCAUUUGACUAUGUUACAAGGCUUUUGAAUUAGAAAAAAAUCAGUACAGUGGUACCUCGGGUUAAGAACUUAAUUCGUUCUGGAGGUCUGUUCUUAACCUGAAACUGUUCUUAACCUGAAGCACCACUUUAGCUAAUGGGGCCUCCCACUGCUGUGAUUUCUGUUCUCAUUCUGAAGCAAAGUUCUUAACCCGAGGUACUAUUUCUGGGUUAGCGGAGUCUGUAACCUGAAGCAUAUGUAACCUGAAGCGUAUAGAACCCGAGGUACCACUGUACCAAAGAAGGUUGUAAAAAAUUCUGCACAAGGGUAAUAAAAUUUCAGUGCCAAAAAACAUGCAGUUUUGUUUGUUUUGAAUAAUCAUGCAUUUAUACUACAUUGGGACAAGGAACUGUGUUUGCAAGUAAAGCUUACCCCAUGACCAUUUGCAAUAUCCUCUAAUACCAUCUGGCAAUUUCAGUAGGCAUUUGCUUCCAUAGGUGCUAGAAAUUUGCUUCUUAAGAAGGUGAAAGCUGAGAUUUCAAACUGUUGCCUGUUUUUCAUAGGAAGCACUAGUCACGAUUCGGCUUGUUGAUGUUCUUUGUGAAAUGACAUCAAACUCUGGACAUCUGGAAUGUCUGCAGGCUUGCCCUGAUUUGCUUGAGGUGACUGUCAGUAAGUAAGAAGCACACACAUUUUUUAAAAAUGUAAUAAUCUAAGGAGUAAUGCUUUGUAUUUUACUUGAAAUUCGGUUUUAUAAGGAACACUUGACAGUUGUGACAACUUAAAAAUAGGAAGCAGAAAACUGAUAGCAUGUCUUCCAAUAUCUAUAUUUGGAUGAAAAAGGUAUUCAAAGUUUGCUAAAGGAUUAGCUAACCAUCAGGUAAAACGUAUAAGUUUUGGUGCUAUAUAUGUUUAUUCCAAGAUAUUGUGUAUCUUGUAUUAAAAAAUUACAUAUAUGAACCAAUUUUCACACACUACUUUCUGCAUGCCUCUGUACUUCACAUUGUACGGAAUGUGUGAAACAGAAUUGAAACUUGAAUGCUCCUGUGAAGUAAUUUGGUAGUAAAUGUUAUAAUACCUUGGUGUUAUAGCUGGAGCUGGAGAGGAGCACAGCCAGAACAUUUCAGCGGUAUGCACUAGAGUUGGUUCACAUUAAAUUGUGGUUUGUUUUUAACUCUGAUUCUACGUGACAUGUGAACUAGGCUUAUGAAUUAUAGGACUCUGUUUGAUUUCUUAUCUAUUGUACCAGAGCAGAGGACUAAACAAUAACUUCUAAAGUUGUACACUGAGCAAUAUUUGCUACUUUUGGUGCAAAAGAGUUUAGCAGUGAGCUUAGAGAUCAAUAAGUACUUUUAUGAAUUUUCACCCAAAUAGUCCUGCUGACUAAUUAAACACAGGAUAGCAUAGAACACUGAAACCAUAUGUUAAUGUUGAGGGUUCCCAAACAUUCUUAGCCAGCAAGUUUUAAAGUAUUUAUGCAGCAUAUUUAAAUAUGCUGCAAAAUACAUUCAACUUGAUGCUUGAAAUGUUGGCGAACUUCAGGAAACUGCAGUAAUAUGACUCAUUAUACUAGCCUUAAUUGAACCAGUGCAUUUAGAACAUGAAUUAGAAUGUCACAUACAGGAACCUGAUCUUGAACAGGAAUAUUUUGUCUAAUGUAUUUUCUGUUUUUACUUUUUGGAAUGAUUCCCAGGAUACUCUCGGAGACCUCAAAUACACACACAUCACCCCUCUGACCUCCCCAGGCCACCUUUCCCCUUCCUGGGUCGUGCCCAGAUUCUCCUUCAGCUCUCUGUCCUUGCAAAGAGGACCAUCUGCAAAGAAGUCUCCUGGGGAGACUUCUGGGACAAACUAUUCCAGAUUUUAGUAGUGUUUCUUUCAAUAGCAGUAAGAUGUAGAUUGAUUUCCUGUUGUAAUUAUAUGUUAAUAACUAUGAAGUAAAACAACUUAAGUAUCAUGGGCAUUAUAAAGAUAAUUGUUUAAAAAAUAAGACAGAAUUAUUUUCUCUCUUUAGAAACUUUGCAGCUUACACAUCUUGCUGGGAAGCAGAGCACAAACAUCUUCACAGUGACUCAUUCUGGGCAAGAACAAAGCUGUCAUCCAGCUGUGGGGUUUAAGUCACAUCUAAUUCGUUUGAUUGGAAAUUUAUGUUACAAGAAUAAGGCUAACCAAGACAAGGUAAGAAAAGCUAAAGACUGUAAGCAAUUCGUUGUGCAGUUCAUAGUACAAAAAGACAUUUAUAUCUUAGAAAUUUUGCAAAAAAAAGGCUCAAGUAAGUAAUAAAUAUGGUAUGCUGCAAGGGUGCUUUAAGUCAGUUGUAAUAUUUAAAAUCACUUCCAUUAAUUCCUGGCGUUUCAUGUAGGACUGCUAAAAAUACCAAAUUUCUACUUCUUAUAGGGAGGGUAAUAGCUCUGACUGUGCCCCCCUGCUGACUUUUGAGAUUUCAUGAGGCAGUGUCUGCAAACUUUCAAGCAUAGCUUCAGAGCUGUAGGAGCUAAUACUUUUGAAAACAAACAUUGAAACUAAUUUCAAGAAACUAAUUCUGCACUAAAUAUAAGCCACCAUUUAUUUUUUAUUCUCCAAGGCAAAUUGGGAUGGAGAUGAUUCAUCACAUAUCUUUUAAAAUAGAUUUGAUCUGUCAGCAAACUCAACCUCCAUUGGGAACAGGGGUAGCAUUUAGUGACUCAAAUUCCCCAUAGUUCAAAGGUGGGUUUAUAAGCCACUGACUAGUUGAGGCUUGAGAAAUCUUCAGAUUGUCCUAUCUCAGUUCAUUAAGCGAAGAGGUGCACAGACCUUUUGCCCCCCCCCCCCCAGUCCCUUUUCUCUUCCCUUUGUGACUUGCAGGCUCUUAUUAACAUAUUUCCUUGUUUCAUCUGAAUUGGGAAACUGAUUAGCAGAUUUGGAACAAGCCAAGGUGUUACACCACCAUUUUUAGAAAGUGUUUAAUUGUCCCAAACUGGUAUCCAUAGUUUCCUGCUUUAGAUAAAAUGGGAAACUAUAAACUGUAUAUUUAUUUCCUGCUUUAAUUUCCUCUUACAUGAAUAAUGGAGUGAAGGGGCUUUUUGUGCAAGAAAAAUGAUUGUGCAUAUCCUGGCUUAAUAGGCUGAAAUAUUAUCUGACCUGCGGCAGUGUAAUUUUCAAUUUCACUAUAUAGAAAAAUUAUUGCCAUUGUGUAGGUGUUACAGCAUUUAAUACAUUUGUAAACCAAUGAAAAGAGCUCACUGAGCUGAAAUAAGUGCUUUUUACAGUGGUUUUUCACUUCUUGUUGACAACUUGUGUGAGGUUGUUUUUGGUGAGGUUUGUUUCUUCAUAGUUUCCCUUGGGGAAGAAUAGUCAUGUUUGAAAUACUUGGAAUUUUGUUUGGCAAUAAAAAACAGGUUUUUUUUCUUACUGUGAAUUUCAGUCCCCAUUCCUGAUAGGGAUGACUCCCCCUACUGGAGACAGGGAAUCUUCAGCUUGCAAUGUCCUCUCUAGAGGGGAGGUGUCAUCCCAUCUCUCCAGGCAGAGUAGCAGAGCAGAAUAACACCUCAACCCUCAUGCAGCUGCCCAUACGCCAGCCCCACUGCUGGAGCACAGGACACUCAGACACAAAACAUGUGGUUAGACAGCAAUGCAAAAGUUAAUGUCGCAGAACUCCUCCCCAUAUCAAUCUACAAAUCAACCAUAGCAGCCAAUAAAGUAAAAAAAAUAUGCAAUGCAUAGAACCAGAGGAAGAUAGAGGAGGGUGGAAUGUCACCCCCCCCCAAUUACGAUAUAUGUAGGUCUGCCUCUGAAGACAGUUAAUUCAACGGCCAGGUUGCUCCCCGGGGCAAGCCAAUGGCACUGGGUACCAAUUAGUUUCCGGACCCAAUUCAAAGUGCUGGUUUUGACCUAUAAAGCCUUAAACGGCUCAGGACCACAAUACCUUAAGGGGCAUGAGGUUCAUACCUCUGUAUAAAUCUACUUGGACCCUAAGAUCAUCCUCUGAGGCUCUUCUUCGUGUGCCUCCUCCACAAGAGGUCCGAAGCAAUCCUGGGAAUUUUUUUGAACUAAGGAAGGCCUCAGAAUCAGAGGGGGUUUCCCCCUUACUCAUGCUCACCUGCUCUGGCAAAGAACCUGGAGAAUCGCCAAAGGCAGCUUGCCUGGACUCUCCAAAUGCAUAGAUCUCCUCUGUGCCAACAUCGCAAGGAGAAAGGCUGCCCUGCAGAGGCGCAGUCAUCCUGUGCACAGAUGCAGAGAAGAGGUGGGAAAAGCAAUGCAACUGAGCACACUGCAGCAGCUCCUCAAACUCCCAGUUAGCACUGGGACCCAAAGGUGCAGUGAUAAUGCAGCCAGUCGAAACUGCUAGACCAACAGGUUCAGCAAUCACGUCUCUAGGAGCUGCUGGGGCCAUCCCAGAAACGCUGAGUUGCUGAAACAAAAUGGCGUUCCUGCUUUUUUUAGAAAGAGGCAGGAAACGCAAGCUCCUGGCCCUGUGUCGCCUCUGUGGAGUCCUCCUGUGCCUGUUGGCAAUCCAUUCAGAAUCCAGCUGCUCCCUACAGUCUCCCCAGAGUACAGGAUGGGGGAGAAAAACAAAGAGAAUGAAGUAGAAAUGAAUAAGCUGGGGGAGGCAGCCAACAGGAAAACAGAGUGAAAAAACUCACUCAGAAAGAUGAUAUAGCAAACAGGACGAAGGAGAGGACUAGACAAAGGGGAAAUCCACACAAAACAAGCACUCAGGCAAGUGUUUGUCUUCACACACAGAGAGAGACACAAAGACCCAGCCAUCACUUGAGCAGGCAGGGUCACUGGGAGAGAAGGGGGUUGACUCCUCCCCUCUGGAGAGGACCUUGCAAACUGAAGACCCUGCCUGUCUCCAGUAGGGGGAAUCCUCCUCUUUCAGGAAUAGAAGCACCCCCCUACAUCUGAUGAACAUGCUUGGCACCUUCUGCCUUACAUAUAUGCUGACUUUAUUCUAAGGUCUUACAAGAAAUGGCAUGCAGUCAGUGGCUAAGUGGCUGUGCCAGGAUAUCCCCCUGCCCUGAUCCAACAUGGGAGUUGCCCGUGUGAUGUGCACAAGCCACAUUUUCUGUGUUUUUAUCCAUUGCUGCUAUGUGGGAGCAAAUCACAAGGAAGCAGUUUUGUGGCAGCAUAUAUAGCAAUGGUAAUGUGUAAAUUGGUCCAAAGCUGUGUGUGUUUUAAAAAGUCUGAAUACAGAAUGGAUGUAAGAAAAAAACUUGGAUUUUUAACCAACUAAUACUUGCUUAAAAGAUUCAUUUGUAAUUGUGAGACUAGAGAAUAGGUGAGUUUUAAUAAGGACAUAUCUUUCGACAACUUUUAAUAUGUUUGAAGGGGAAUCUUGCUGAAUUAACAGUGAUACUUUGUAGGUGAGGAGGGGAUUGCUGUACAAUGUCUCCAUUCUUAUUCAGGAAGAUGCAGGGGGUUGUGAUGGACACAUGGUCAAUUGUAAAACAAGCUGUCCAGCUAGAUUUCAGUUCUCUUGCCUCAUUUAAUUUCUGGAUGUAUAAGUACUGAGGAAACUAAAGGCUGAACAAAUGUUGAUUUAAAUUGAAACUUUUAGAGAGUGGAGUCUCAAAGACGUGAAGAAAAUGGACAUAAUUAUACUGAUAAUGUUGUUAUAGGAUCUUUUAAUUUGCCAGUGGGGUUUGUAUUUGCCUGGAGUAAUUGUUCUCAAAAUCAACCUAUGAAAGGGGGGGAGAGGUGAAACUAUUAAAUCCUCUUGGAUUAUCUCAUACAGUACUAACAAUUGUUAAGUGAAAGGUUGAACUGUCAAACACACCCUGUAAACAAUUUCUGUAAUCACCAUCAUCAUCUUCAUUAUCAUCAUCACAGUAAAAUCCACUUCAGCACUCAUUCUGUAAGGGUGACUUAUGUGUGUAAGCAUACAGAUACAAAUGUUUAUCGCUGGUCCCUUUGCAUAGGCUCACCUGGGUCCCUCUGAACAGGUCAGGUGUGCCUUUUUGGAAAUACCCAUUCCCAUCCAUGUCCGCUAGUAGCACACAUCUGUAGCAGGAUCAGGAAUGAUUUUCUUUUUUGUCUGUAUUGCCUAAUUAAGGAAUCAGUGAAACCUACCAGUGAAGGAACUGCUUCCUCACAUGGGGUUUGCUAGCUAAUGCUUUGCAUGCACAGAAUGAUAUGUUGUGGAGCAACAGGGCCUUCCUCAAUGUUCAGAAAUGUGUUGAAUGAUGUUCACCUUGAUUUAGAUGUCUCAUGGCUGGGUGGUGGUGGAGGGCCGUGAUAAGGGCAGCAUUGUACAUGUAAGAAGUAUUUCAGGCAAGGGUUUUUUUUCAACUGGAACUCACUAGAACUCAGUUCCUGCACCUAUCAGGUGGGUGCCAUUGCCAUUCUCAGAGAAUGAGGGAGGCAUUCAUGUUCAGUUCCUCUUUUUCUAGAAAAAUAGCACUGAUUUCAGGCAUAUUUCCAGCAAAGAUGUGUGCAAGAGGUCACUUGGGCCAUAGGGAAGAGGAGGAUUGCAGUCCCAGAUAAACUGUUUGAUGGUUUUUCUUUUGGUCCAUUUUUGAUUGGCAUCCACAAACUGGGUUUAAUCAGUAGAGGAGGUGGACGCUGAACAUAGUCUGCAAACACUGUAUCCCUCUUGGCACCAGGGCUAGGUAGAUCUGGAUGUACACAACUAAAAAGUGAAAUGGUUUUUAAGUGAAAUAUUUUUAAAGGUUUCCAUUAAAUCAGUUUCUAGAUUAGUUAGGGCAAGUAAUUGGUAGAAAUAUACUGUAUUUCUUUCUCUGAUUUUGAAAAAUCAGUGCUGUUUCACACACUGCAGGGUUUUAUUGUUUUGGUUUUUGCUAGGCUGCCAGGUUUUUAGAGAAAGCAAACACACCAUGAAACCUGGGUAGCUUUAACUUUGACAUUAAAAAGUGGCAUGUAAUCUAGUGAUAGUUUGCUUCAUGUGUUGCCCUGUUCAGAAACGCUUGAGGCUCCAGUCAUCUCUAUACUGUAAUGCUUAAGUACUACAACAUUGCAUACCUUGGUUAUUGUAUAUUCUUUGUUGUAAAUAUAUAGAUUUCAUAGAUGCAUAAAUCACAAAAGUAAGUUACAGGUUUAUACAAACAUAUUAAACAUAUUAAAGCCUGACCAAUAUGUAUAUGCUACUUAAGUAAGAUCCAUUCAUCUUGGAGGACCAAGAAGCUAUUUCCCUUCAUAUAGUUCAGGUCUCUCUUUUUUUGGUCCUCCUUUAUAAAAACGAUGGAAAUAUAAAAGCAAUGCAAAAAUUACUAAAGUUGCAGUCCAUCAGUUUUUUUUAUGAAAGGUUACCAUCCAGCUGUCAAAUAAGAGGUAUUUUCAGCAAUGACACUGCAGUUAGUGUGUGUGUGUGUGUGUGUGUGUGUGUGGAUCACUUGUGGAAACUGUAAUAAAGUCCAAUCAUAAUUGCAAUAGGAUGUAGGGUGUGUCAUUCUGGGAAGUUGCCACUACUUGGGUGGUUGUGGUGCUGAGAUCUCUGCUUCAGUCUGCAAGUGAAUCUUGGGAAUUGCAACCUCAGCAUGAGAUCAGCAGAGAGAGAGAGAGAGAGAGAGAGAGAGAGAGAGAGAGAGAGAAAUCUUCUAUUACAUACACUCCUUACAAAUACCACUUCAACUUUUCUUAUCUCAACGCUAUUUUAAACAAAUUAAGUAAGGUGUCUGUACUGUUGAUUGCAUAAGUUGACCUGAUUCUUAUCUAAGGCACUUAAGUACUGUAUGUGCUAAACACUAAAAUUAAAACUAAAGGGCAGUUGACCCUUCAAAAUUAGACAUUCUUUUCUCAAAUAUUUUAUAUAGAAUUAUAUUGUUCUGCUUUAUAAGUAAUGAUUUUUCUACAUUGAAAAUCUUUUUGACUCCGUAGAAGAAUUAUCAUGUAUAACAGAGAGUUCUUAGAAACUAUGCUACUCAAGUUUAGGUUCAGCAUAAUUCUGCUUUCAUGGCUAUAUUUAAAUAACACUUUAAAGACCCUUCCCCUCUGCAGGGAGGUGGGACCGAUUCGGAUGGUCCGCCCACGCCACUUAAUGGAUCCAAAUGGUUUCCAGAGAGUGGUAGGGGAUGCUUUAUCCCAUGUUGAUGGCCUUUCAGCUGAUUCUCUGGUGGUCCGCUGGAAUGCGGAGUUAACCAGGGCUAUUGACUGUUUGGCUUCAAAGCGCCCUCUCUGAUUGCAUGGGGCCCGGCAGCCCCGUGGUUUUCCACGGAUCUGAGGGCAAUGAAACAAUCGCUGAGAUGGCUAGAGCGCCGGUGGCAGAUAACUCAUUCUGAAGCUGACCGGACAUGGGUUAGAGCUCAAUGUCGAGCCUACCAAGUGGUGGUAGCGACGGCGAAAAAGACUUUCUUCACCGCCUCUAUUGCAUCUGCAGAAAACAGCAGCAGGAGAUUCUUUCAGGCGGUUCGCAAUUUAGCAGAACCACCUACUACUACAUCCUGCAGUGAUUUUGAAUAUAUAUUUUUUGCAGAUAAAGUCGCUCAGAUUCAGGAAGAGAUAGACUCCACCGUGGGAGCAGGGCCGGAGCGGGAUAGUGCUAGAGUCCUGUCUAGUCAAGUUACGUGGGAUCAGUUCCAGUCUGUUACCUCCAAGGAUGUGGACAGGCUGCUUGGACGAGUGAAACCAACCACCUGUCUCCUUGAUCCUUGCCCAUCCUGGCUUAUAAAAGCUAGCCAGGGAGGGCUGGGUGAUGGGCUUCACAGGGUGGUGAAUGCUUCUCUCUGUGAGGGAGCCUUCCUAGACCCACUGAAAGAGGCGGUUAUCAAACCGCUUCUUAAAGAAACCAUCUUUAGAUGUGGCCAAUAUGGCCAGCUAUCACCCAGUCUCAAAUCUUCCAUUCUUGGGCAAGGUGAUUGAGUGGGUGGUUGCUGAACAACUCCAGGCACGCCUGGAAGAAGCGGACCAUUUGGAUCCCUUACAGUUGGGAUUCAGGCCUCAUCAUGGGACUGAAACUGCCUUGGUUGCACUGGUUGAUGAUCUCCGGCGGGCUAGGGACAAAGGUGAGAGCUGUUUCCUAGUUCUGCUGGAUCUCUCAGCGGCCUUUGACACCAUCGACCAAAACAUCCUUCUGGACCGUCUAGAGGGGCUGGGAGCUGAGAGCACUGUUAUACCGUAGUUCUGCUCCAUCCUCCUGGGCCGUGUUCAGAAAGUGGUGGUGGGGGAUGAGUGUUCAGACCCCUGGGUUCUCACUUGUGGGGUGCCUCUGAGGUCCUGUGCUGAGGGCCUUCUGGCGGUUCACUCGCUGCGAGAAGCCAAGUUACAGGGAACCAGGCAGAGGGCCUUCUUGGUAGUGGCACCCGCCCUGUGGUACGCCCUCCCACCAGAUGUCAAAGAGAAAAACAACUAUCAGACUUUUAGAAGACAUCUGAAGGCAGCCCUGUUUAGGGAAACUUUUAAUGUUUAAUAGACUAUUGUAUUUUAAUAUUCUGUUGGAAGCCGCCCAGAGUGGCUGGGGCAGGGUAUAAAUAAUAAAUUAUUAUUAUUAUUAUUAUUAUUAUUAUUAUUAUUAUUAUUCGUGGAAUGGUAGGUUCUUACAUUCUCAUUACAAAACAUUUGAAGCUGUGUGAAGAGCAAGUUCUUUUUUCAAAUAAGAAAAUUAAAUAUGAAAUGAUGUAAACAAAAUAAUACAAAACUGUAAGGUGCAUAUAGUUCAAGAGCACAUCUUUUUUUCUUUGUUUGUGAAUGUAGCCUGAGAAGUCACUUCUCCAGUCUCUUAUUGCCAACAUUACAGAUGAUAAUGCUGACUCCCCCCAAAAAAAUUGAAAUGUAUUUUUAAUGCAUGAAUGUAUGUAUCUCAUUGUAUUAUUUUUCAUAGUAUAAGAAAUAACACUUAUUCCACACAGUGAAAUAUUAUUCAGGUAGGUCUCGCUGUAACCAACAGCUGCUUUCCCCAGCUAACAGGACAGUAACUUACCCUGCUGAACUUCAGUCCUUUAGUGGCUCAGAUAACUGGAAGGCCAACACGUGCUUUGUGUCAGGGUUUGCUACCCUGUAAGCUGUGCUGCACCCCUGAUUUCCAGUGUUCAUGUUCAGUUACUGUGCUGCAGUAAUAAUGCUCAUCACAGUCAUCUCAGAUGGGGUUUGGUAGUGUUUAUGCAGUCAGUAAGCUGAAGCUAGUUUUCUAAAUCCACACAAGUAAAUUACGUUUUCAAAAAUGCUUUUUCAAAGAAUGAAUCAGAGCAAUGUGAGAGCAAGAUUAGAUGUGAUGUUAAUUAGGUAAAUGCAGUUAACAUGCACAUUUUCAUAUGCAAUAGUAGCAACCAAAAGUAAGACUAAGCAACCAUAUAAGCUUGAGGGCAAGCAAGGUGAAAAGAAGAAGAGUGAAAUUAUGAAUUAUGCUGAAGUACAUGAAUAAAAAUCAAUAAAAAUACAUAGCUAACUGAGGUUCUCCCCCCCCCCCACCAAAAAUCCUGGCUAUGCCAAUGCUGAAGUAGUAGAGGGAAAGAUGGGCAGUAGAUUGAGAUUAAGGAAUGGGGGAAGUUAGUAAUAAGAAAAAGAAGGGUGUCCUCAAUAUUCUCAAUGAGUGUGAACUCACUUUCUAGCUUUGUUUUGAGUGUAUUGAGCUCUGUUUAACUUAAUGACAUGGGAAUAUUUUACAUAAGUACAGUCAGCUUAAAUUUCAGUGGGAUAUCUGUUGUAAGACAUUAAUACAAUUGUGUCACUAGACAGCCACUUUUAUUGAAUGACACUUUAAAUAUAUAUAGACUUCGCAGGGAAAAGGUCAAAAUUCUCGUUACAUUUGCAGGAGGGAAAAAGUUUUCCCCUCAUAUGUGUAUAUUUAAAUGUUUCAUAGUGUCAGUAGAGCAACACAAUUUUUAAGUAUGGUAGAGGCAAUGAUCAUAGUUUUGCUUUCAAUGGGUGGGCUUGGGGCUUCCUGCUGUGGCUGGGAAAGAAUCUCUGCUACUUACGCCAUCCAUCUCGUAUGGGACGUAUAUGUCACAUCAGAGCCUUUGCCGUUCCAGCAUAUGUAUGUCCUGGGAAAAAGAGCCACAAGUAUUUCAGCAGUUUUGCAGGAUGUGGUAGCUUCCAAUAAUAGACUUGUUUGCCACAAGCCACAGUGCCAUAUAUUAUAAGCCAACAUGCCUGUACCCUAAGCUCUGAGAUCUUUAAACAGCAGGGAAUAAAUGCCCCAUCUUUCUUUGGGUUAGACAUGAAUUUCCACCUUGCCUUUGUGUGGGGACAAUACCCCACAUAUAAAGGUAACGACAGCAAGUUGCGCAUCUCUAAAGUCUAACAGGCUAACUGGAAGCUGCUGUGGCUCAUUGGAUGUCCAGGCUGGUUCACUUGGCAUGAAAAACUGGAACUGAAGUUAGAGCAGGGACUUCUGUCUUUGCAAAGUCCCUCCACCCCAAGCUCUCAGUUACAAGAUCAGGCAACAUUUGCAACAGGGAUACAGCACAACACCUUUUUGUGGGACCCUGCUUGUCCAUGUGACAGGCUUCAAGAGAGAAGCCACAGUUUAUAGUUGUCUUUGUAAACCCAGGGCAGAAAUCCUACAAUUUUUGUCUGUUAAAGACACGUUUGUUUGUACACAGUUGUGUGCAUGUACAAGUGUGCCAACGAAAGCAAGGCUUACCAUUGCCUUCUUCCUUGUGCAAAUGCUAAAAGGGGAUUUGUUUUUUAAUCAAAAGGAGCAAGGCAGUGUAAGCCCCUGAUCCUUCCUCUAAGACACUAUGUUGGGCGAGGCAGGUAUUUCCCUCUGGCGCAGGGCUUGGGAGGGGCCUGGGCUCCCUCUUGCCCAGGCCUCCUUUCCUCUCUCUCUAGUUUGGCACGAUGCGCGACUGACCAAGGCCUGAGUCAAGCAGGGAAGCCCAAGGCUGAGAGAGAGGUGCCUGCAGAAGGUCACCCAGUGAGGGCACAGAUGAAGUGAAAUUUAAUGGAGGAUUCUGGAUUGGGAACUAAUUCUCUAAACCACUGUAAUAUGUAGUGUGAUUGGAAAUGGGAAUGGGGCGGGGAAUAGUAGCUAUGAGUGAUAUGUAUAUUGUGGAAGGCAUUUAAUGACAGCCCUGCCCUGCCCCAACCUAUCGUAGGGAGGUAUUGUUUUGGUUCAUGAUUAAGUAAUAAUAAGGAACGCGGGUGGCGCUGUGGUUUACACCACUGUUUCGAUCCCAAGCAACCAGCAAGCUGCUUGGGCUUGCUGAUCGGAAGGUCGGCAGUACGAAUCUGUGCAACAGGGUAAGCUCCCAUUGCUCAGUCCCAGCUCCUGCCAACCUAGCAGUUUGAAAGCACGUCAGUGCAAGUAGAUAAAUAGGUACCAUUCCACGGGAAGGGAAACAGCGUUUCUGUGCGGUGCUCUGGUUCGCCACAUCACCCGGAAAAACUGUCUGCGGAAGUGGACAAACGUCGGCUCCGUCGGCCAGUAAAGCGAGAUGAGCGCCGCAAUCCCAGAGUCGUUUGCAUCUGGACUUAACUGUCAGGGAUCCCUUUACCUUAAGUAAUAAUAAUAAUAAUAAAACCAUUUCACAGUAGUGAGGGUUGGGAAUGGCCUUUGUUUUUUAUAUUAAAACUGACAGCACUGCAGAUCACAUGCUGAAUCCUUAGACCUGUUAUAUGUAAUGAAACGAACCCUUGUAUUGUUCACUUAUCAUUGUUGCCCAACUCUCCAUUAGAAAUUGACUUACUUCUGAUGUAUACGUUCUGGAAUGAAAACUGUCUGAAUUGGUAAUUACUAUGUCAAAGAGAGCUUUGCACCUAGAGUUGGCAUGCCUAGGCAUAUCCAAAUGUUUUAAAAGUAUAUUGCUAUACUGUAGGAGACUAGUUUAAAUAGUGUGUUGUGAUGUUUUGGAUAGUUGCAAGUUUGGUUUUAGUUGUGCAUGCAUUGAGAUUGUUUAAUCUGAAAUUGAGUGAUUAUUUAAUUUCUGAACCGCUUAAUAUAUAAAAAAUAUCUCUUAAGCACUGUAUAGAGAUAAAUAAAUUAAAUAGGCUACAAUAGAAGAACUGUUGGAAUUAAAAUAUUUUCUAGAGUGUGUAUGGCAGGGGUUUGCAACAAAUAUGAUACUUAUUCCAAUUCAGAUUUGACCAUUUCAAAAGCAGCUUGAGUUGGCUUAGAACGCUUGAGAGGCUACCACAUCAGAUCCCUUCAGAAGCGAAGAAUUUAACACAUGCUGUGGUAAUUUUGCUAUCAAUGCAAGGAUUUUGGCUUGGCAAACAGAACGACCCUUCUCUCCCCCCCCCCCGCCUUCUCCUGUGCUCUGUUCUGGGGGUUCUCCAACCUCCCCAAGCCAGGGGAGGAGAGAAACACCAUUUUGUUCGUGGAAGUCCUUGCAUGGGAUUCCACUAACAGAACUCAUUAACUGAAUCCGGCCUAAAGUAUAGAUGUAACACCUUGCCAAACCAGCUUCACAUCGUUAGUUUUAAAUAUUGGAUUGUGGCCAGUUGUUAGGCAUUGUGUCUGAAUACAUACAUCAUAGUUAACCAUGGUUCUUGCUGCAUAAAUAUAUACAAAACCUAUCCAUUUAGGAAUGGGUUAUAUUUGUGUAUUUUUACCCACCUAGGAGAAAUAUUUUAUAAAAUAUUUUUUAUUUUCUUACAGGUUUAUGAUCUAGAUGGCAUCCCAUUGAUCCUGGAUAACUGCAGCAUUGAUGACAAUAAUCCUUGUAUCCUUUCAAUAACUUUCUAAAUUAAUAAAUAAUUACUCCUUCUGACGUAAUUUGAGCUGGAGGUGGGGUUGUAGAUGUGAAUGCUUUGGGGAUAAUGUGUGUUGUCCUUGUGCCUCAUAGUAUCUUAAAACUCCCUUCUAGAGAAAACAUUACUUCAGUUGUAAAGACUUCAGAGCGACAUAGCACAAUCCUAGCCCAUUUCCCCUCAAUUGGUGGCUUGUGGGUCGGUGGUCAGUAAGAAGCAACAGCCAGUUCUUCCACUGACAGUUCGACGUAGCAUCAAAACAGGGUGUUGCACUGGUAGCUUGGGAUCCAAAAUCCCAUAGAAGGGUCCUCCCCUUGGGUCAUUCAGCCAUUCCCAGAGCUGCAAACAAACAAAGAGCAAGGAAACUUCCCUUCAAUCCUGGCUGUUGUGAGCUGGCAGGGUUUGGAAUGUAGUGGUGUCCCUGCCACUCCAAUCCAAUGAGACCUUGACUUAGAAUUAUUCUGCCCAAAGGGCAAUCCUAUGCAUAACAACUCAAAAGAAAGUCCCAUUGAACCCAGUGGAACCUUUGUGGGAGUGUAUAUAGAAUAAGCAUUGGCCUAUUUUAACUUCCUCUGGAUUCUAUCCCAGGUUGUCAGAGUUGACCGCUGACUCUAGUGUUCUGGUAUACUCAUUUGUUAACCUUUUACCACCAAUACUAAACCUACAUUAUAAUUUCUACUGCCUAUUUUAGGAAAAAUUAUAGCUUGCCUCAGAAAAGGGUUAUUGUCAUAUUUAUUUUAAUUUUUAAUUUUUAACACAAAAAGAAUAAUUACACUUUUAUUAAAAGGCCAUCAGUUUUCAUUUUGCAUAACGUAUUUUAAAUCUUUUUCUGUGUGUUUUUUGGCUGUCUAUGUUGUACUGUAAUAUGAGAUCAGAAUAUCAUAAAAUACUAUGCAAACAAGUUUGAGGGGGUAAAACACAAAACACUGAGGCUCCUUUUUUUUGGCUGGGGUAGCAAAUUGACAGAGAGGUUUAAAUCUUUUAACUAGAUACAAAAAUGGCCUCUUUUGAAGUGGCGAAACUACAUUAUUUUUAGUCUUAAAACAAAUGGGCCUGGUUGAACAUUAUCUCGUGUUCUCUAACUUUCUAAAUAUCCCAGAAUCAUUGUUGUCACUUCAGAUUACGGAUUGUAAUAGAAUCUAACCAAAUUUGGUCAUUGUAGCUAGUCUUGAAGCUUUUGCUUCAACUGACAUCUGACCAGUCAGCUGAAAUGAACAGGUAGAUGAGUUAGUAAGCAGCUCAUCAGUUUUACAUACCUUAUUAAAUCUGACCAGUGGAAAAAAUAUUUUCAACUCGUAUAUCUGGUAUUAUCUGAUGAAAAAACAAUAGAUAUUUCUGUUGUUAGGACUCGUGGAGAAAUUCCAGUGGAACCACCACUAAGAAAGAUGGCUGUUGGUUAUUAAACUUUGUUAAAGAAGGUUGUUUUUGAAAGUGAGUAUGCAGUAAAUAAUUAAUCUGCCUUGUAAAUAUUGUGUGUAAUAUUUAAUUAUUAUGACUAGCCAGUAAAGCCCUCAGCCUAGCAUCCAUUGUAUUCUUCAAAAUUAUAUCACAAAAAUUUAGGUUUAAUCCCAGAAUAAAAGGGAAGGGAAAAUUAACAGUAAGAGACAAUCAUGGGCAUGAAAGAAAUGGAGGAAAUAAGCAAAAUCAUCCUGAGAAAUCUCAUGAGUCUUAUUGACUUCCUUCAGAAUUCUUUGGUUGUUCAUCUGAAUGCUCCACUUGAAAUUUAUCUCAAAUGUUGCUUAAAGUGAAAUCUGGGGACUACUCAGAAGUGAGUUUUUUCAAAAUUCUUACGCAGUUCCUUGAAAAAUCUUCAACUUUUUACAUAUGAGAGUUCCCAAAAUUUGUUUUGGGUUUAGCUUUGGACAGAAUUCUUGUGGCAACUUUAGAGAGGUUUAACUGCUCUUCAGAUGCUACAAGGAUGGAUAAUACUUUGUGGUAUUGGUUACAUAGUGUGGUACUACCAGUAUGGCUUGUGAAUAAAUUCUAAUGAUGGAAUAAAAGGAGAAGCACCAUCUUUGUAUGAAUUAGAAUAUUAUUUCUUAUCUCUGCCUUUCUCACACAUGCAUAUACAUAUACGUAUAUGUAUGCACCCACACACUUUUGUUAAUAUUUAACAUUUCAAACGGAUUCAUAGUCCUACAUCAUUGUGAAUUCUGUUAUUGCAAUAUAUGCCGUAGAUACCGAAUAUUUUUUCUAUGGGUAGCUUCUUUCAGAUGCCCAACAGGCCUCAGCCAGAAAUCCGUGUUUAGUGCAGGCAGCAACCAUUUUGCAUGCAUUCAGUUGGAGGGGGCAGGGUGGAACAGGCUUAUGCCUUACCACUGACGUUUGCAAUAACCUGGAACGCAGCCCCUUGCAAACGGGGGGUUGCCUGUACCGUCAGUCCCAUGCUAUGGAACCCUCUUCCAGCAGAGAUAUGGCAGGCUUUUCUUGACUUCCAGAUGUCUCUGGAAUCCUUUUUUUUUCUUCUGACAGGCCUAUGCAGUUGUUUAAAACCUUUUGACUAGCCUGUCAUUUUAUUUCUAUUUUUCAUGGAUUUAUAUUUUAUUAUACACAUAUUGUUGUACACCACCUUGAUUUUUUUGUUGUUGAGAGGGUAGUGUAUAUAAAUGCAUUUAUAAAUAAGUAAUGACAAAUCUCCCAGCUUUCUACAUAUGGCAGCAAUUGAGGCUAGUGGCUAAACUAUCCAACUUUCUGACCAAAGGCACUGAGCUGAAUUCAGUUUGAAUACUAUGAGGGCUACAAAUUAUAUGAAUUUGCCUCAGAGUGCAAAGGAAGUUUUCAGUUGAGUUAGAAAGUGAGCCCUACUCUCCUUCAGUGCAGUGUUUAUUCCACCAGUUCAUCCCAGUCUGUCUGUUAAAUGUUGGUAAAACUUUAAAUGCAAUGCAUUUUUAAAAUAUUUCAUUUAUGUUGCAACCAGCUUACUCCCAAAUGGAUUACCUCUUCUAAAAAGAAAACUCCUCCAGCAUUAGAAGGGAGAAACAGGGGCCAUUUACUGUAGAGUAGUCCCAUAGGAGUCCCUGGAACUACUUUAGAGCAGAUAAUUACAGGCGUGUAGUCUGAGUGAUCUUGUAUUCAGUUCUUGUGUUAGGUAGUGAGAAAAGGUUCUGAUGAUAAUAUGCCAUUUAACGUUUGAUGAAAAUAAGUGGCUCUUUGACUCCAAAGACCUUUAUAGUGAAGCUUCUGUGUUAUGUUAACAUCAGCUUGGCAAGUCCUCUUGCGACCAAAAUGUCGGUAAUAUUUGGAGAGGAAAAAGCAGGGCUGCCUUUCUGGGUGAUCAUUCAACUGGCUACUUAGGAGACAAAAUUGGCAUCGUUUGUGAAAGGAAAACCUGUGGUUUCUCUUAUGCUCUCCUAUUGCAAUGGCGGUGGUUGAUCCACACAUACAGACCCUUUAGUUUGGAUAAAAUACUGAAAAUAUAAAUGCGAGCUAAUUUUUACAUAUACCCAUUUGAAGAACAUUUUCUGUCAUUAUAUUCAGUCUGACAGUCAUCUCAGAGGUAGAUUCAAAAUACUUUUGACCUCAUGGCAACGGUUAGUAUAAUUGUGGUUUAUGAAACCUCAGGUUAAAUCUAGGAGAAAUCAAGUUGCUAUGGUCUAUAACAAUGGCAGUUUGUUUUGUGUCAUGCCAGGAAAGACUUUCUUGGGGAAACCGAUGAGCAUUUCAUAUUUAAAAGUGUAGCUUGAGACGGGCCUCAUGCUGUGAAAACAAUCCAUGCUGCUGAGGAGAGCAAAAAACAGGGAUGUGAUUAAGUUCCGAAGGAGUGAACUACAGUAGCUACCACAAAACAGACAACUAAUAGAAUACAGUAGCUUUAAAAUGGUGAUCAAAUAUGAAUUACAAGUACUUUUAUUUGACAACAGCUAUGUUUUCAUAGAUUUGUACCCAUUGGGGGGGAAAUAUUCAUUUGUUUAUAUUGUUUCUUACAAAUUAUAAUGUAAAUAACAAAAAUAAUACAUUUGAUGUAAUAUGGUGCAUCUGCAAGACACAAACUGGCUCUUUGCUGAGGAAGGCAAAAUAAAUGGGGAUAGUUUUAGCUUUCACAUUGGGAUUUUAAGCCAAGCAUGCACAGUUUUCAACUCUCAAAACCAAACAGAGUACACACCAGCCCCACCAGGGGCUUAUGAAACCUUUUCCGUUUGCUGCCUAUCUGGGAUUGCAAAAGCAGCAGUGUUGCUAAGACCCUGGCAAGCCACAAUUCACUUCUAUGGGCUGCAUAUGGUUUGUGGGUUGGAAACCUAGUAGGCUUGUUCAUAACUCAGUUAAGAACCAUUCUAGUAUUAAUUUUUGAAUAUUUGAGUACCAUUGUGGUUCCCCCACCCAGAAAGUAUUUUGCUGCCCCCCCAGUCCCCCAAUAAAAAAAUAGUUAAGAAUCCCAAACUUGUGGCACAUUUUGUAAACACCCAUUAUUCUAGAUUCUUUCCAAGAUAUUGGGACCAUUGCCUUCUUAGAAUGCUGUUAAACAACCUGCCCAUAUGGGGAUCAAUGUUUCAGAAAAAAAUUCUUAUAAAAGAUACCUGGCAGAACAUCUAUACCAUGUUUGCCAUUUCUUGAUAUUGAAUUACUUAUUAUUUUUUAUUUGUAUAUUUGCAUACUUUCAUAACAUUGGUGUGUAUUGUAGUGCUAAAAUGGAAGGAAUUGUGAGAAUCUACAAUUUAUUUUAAUAAAACCCUACACUAUCAUUAAAAGAAAAGCCCUCUUAAUAUUUUCAUUUCUUUUACUAUCACCUGCCCUAAUGGUAAAGUUGGUGCACCCACGCUCAUUGGUUUGGAACCAAAACGGGAGCACUGAGAAGCAAGGUGAGAGCACCAAGAUUUUCAGAAAUACAAAAAGUAAAUCCCCACAUCCUGCAACAGCCAAAUGUGGACAGAGCCUGCUUGUUGUAACACUAGCACUUACAGAAUGUUCCAUGUUAGUUGGAAAGGGGAAACGGGUGGAGAGGGAAUUGAUUUGUGUGCGAAUCCCUAACACUGUGGUUCUCAAAAGGUGCACCACCACCACACUGGCGCAACAGGAGAGGAUGUGGCAGGAAGAUUCAGGGACAAUCAAAGAAACAUUAAAGCAUUUCAGUGUAUCGUAUCGUAUUGUAUCAAAAUGUGUUUUAUUUAUUUGCAGGAUGUGGAUAGAUAUGUUUUCAAAAUGAAAGCAAGAGCAUGUGCUAUUCUUCUACUGUUCUCCAUGACCUAUUGUUGUGAACAGGAAUUGUUCUUAGGUAGCUUCCUAGAUGUCCCAUGAUCAUAUUCUAAGGCAGCUGUGUUCUGUGUUUUGUUUUCCAAUGUAUAUCUUAUCAAUUAAAAAUUCAUUGUGGCACGAGCAGAUUUUUAUUCUGAAAGUGUAGCCCAAAGGAAAAAGUUUGGAAGCCACGGUCCUAACAGGUCACGGCUGCAACAGGGAGCGAGGAAUCGUCAGCCACAUUUUGCUGUAGGUCCCACUAGAACCGAAAUAUUGUUUGUUAACAAUUUUUGCCCAGCUGGCAUGUUUAUGUAGGUGGUAGAGAGAGUUAAUGACAGAUAAAUAAAUUAAAGUGACAUUUCACAACUCUGCAUAUUUCUGGAUAAAGCAACUGAGUGUAAAAUUCAUUGUUGCAUGUUGUAUCACAUUCAGUUAUUCUGAUUCCAUGGAUUUUCAUGACAGUGUUUAAACACUGACAAUUAAUUGCAUAUGUUCCCAUCUGGAGAUAGAUAUAUAAUAACUCUUAAAACUGAAUAUCUUAGGCAUGGAAUGUUUUUGGCUUUAUAUUGUCCAAGAGUGUGAUUUUUUUCUUCUUCUCCUUUUUUAAACCCAAAGGAUUUUUAGUUGCAUAUAAAUUAUAGGUUUCUAUUAAAAACGUCACUUAAAAAUAUGGGCCGCCUCUGUAGCAAGAAUGUAUGUGCCACAUACAAGCUAGCAUUAUACAUUUGAAUUUGGUGCCUGCUUUUAUUUUACAAAAAGUUUUAUUUUCUAAAAGUAGGCAUUUAUAAAUUUGACAGACUUUCAAAGAAAGCCUAAUAGGUGCCUUACUUAUGAGCUUUAAAAUACUUAAUUGUCCUAAGGUGUAAUAAUGAAACUCCUUCCAUUUUUUAAAAUAAUAAUAAUAAUCACAAGUCACUGCUUUGAGCUGACAUUCUGCUUUUGAAGCACAUGAUAUAAGAGCGCCUGCCUUAGGAGAUUGCGCUUCUUAUGCUUUGUCAUAGUAAGCUGCCUUAGGUGAAGAUUAAAAGCCUUAAAAACACUAAGGCGCUCCAAAGCACUUUUAAAUGUAAUGUGCCCCCCAUCUCCAGUUGUACCAACUUUCAGGUUGCAUUUGUGUCCCCUCCUUUACCUGUUUAUAUUCAAUACACUUGUGGCAGCUCUACAUAACUAUGAUUAUGCCAAAUGCUGUCGUUGUACCCACCUUGUAGUUCGGUGACUCUGUGAUUCGAGGCAAAAUAGGAUUUUUUUUUUGCUGUGGAAUGAAAAAAGGAGAGAAAGAACAAGGAAACCAGGAGGGCCAACCUGCUGACGAGUUCUGAGUUUUGGGGAGGUAUAAGUUUGGGGUAGUUAUUUAAUGGUGAGGCAAAAGCACUCUGUGCAAGCUUGGAAGUACUUCUCUCCUUAGGCUGAGUUCUUGUGAGGUCACAACACAUAAUUAAGUCAUAGGGAGGAAGAGACAAAGACUGGUGGGGGGAGUUGUAGCAAUAACAGGCGCAACCUUUUAUUGGGUGAAGAAUUCCUGGAAGACGGAAAAUAAAUGGGUCAUGUGGAGAUCCACUCCAUGUGCGCUCUGGCUGUCAUUUGCUUGCAGUGGAGGUCAGUUCAGUGCAUAUUUCCUUUAUUUUUAAAGAGCUUGGGCUUUAAUCUGUGUGGGAGACGGGCAUCACUCUGUCAGCUUUUCUUCUUAAUUUUCCAUGUCUGGGGAGGGUACAUUCUCUUUUAUCAAUAUGUCUUCGCACUCUUCAGCCACAAAAUGGAGUCCAUGUCCUCUAUUUUUUUUUUAAUUAAUAUUUAUUAAGUUUUCAAAGAAUAACAACAAAAAUUUCCAAAAAAAUUGAAAAUACAAAAAGCAAAAACGAUAAAGAAAUAAAAAAGAAAAAAACCAACCAUAAAGAAAAAAAGAAAAAAGAAAAACAAAAGAAUAUAAUCAUUUACGAUCUCUAUUAACUUCCUUUCUAGACUUCCUCCUCCUCCCUCUCUUGUUUCUUAAUUUUUAAUUUUUACAGCAAAUCCUUUCUGUUUUUUCAUAACAUUCUAUCAUUACAUUUCCUUAUUCUAUUUUCCCUCUUGUCAUAUAAAAACUUUAAAACUCAAAGCUUAUAUUCAGUAUUUACCAAAUUCUUACAUCAUUACCUUUUUGCAAAUCAUUUACCAAUCCUUACUUAAGCCAUAUAGUUUCAUUCAACAUCUUUCAAACAUUUAUGAACGUUCCCAAUAUUGAAAAAUAGAAAAAUAAAAUAAGAUAAUAAGUCAGACACAAUCCAGUCAACUUCCAGCGCCCUCCCCUGGACCCGGGAUUGUCAGUCCUUUUAACCUCAAUAGUCCGGCUCCUUAACCUGGUUGUCUCGUGUCCGAGGCCCUCAAAUCUCUUUCUUGCCCCUUUCGCAGCUCUUCUUGAUGUUUCCCUUUCAGUCGUGGGUACUCCAGCAGAAAGAUACUUUUGACCCUUUGCAACAAGUCCAUCCCAUGCCCAUUGUCCAAGCCAGACAGCAGAUAAUACCACUUCAAGUUUCCUUGAAACUUGGAGGCUCCGACUACUCCAAUCCUCUGAUGGCCCAUCACCAGACUCGGAAAGUCCAGAUAACCAUAUAAAGGGGGGUCAAUCCAUCCCCCAUUUCCAAAUCUAACCACAUUUCAUCUUUCCGAAUCUGAUUUAUCCCAAGUUCAUUUAUCAAGUUCAAAGGCUGAUCCUGCCGGUCCAAAGGUCCCUCCAUCUCUGAAGCCUCCAUCACUACAGCAGGUUCAUAUACUUGUAGAUAUUUUAACUGAGUUCCAUUUACUUGCUGCUGUGCUCUGGUAACUUCCGUCAUCAAGGUCGUCUCCUGACGCAUCUGGUCCAGCUGGGCACUUAGUUUUGAAAAACCUUCCAGGAACAUUUGUUCAAGCCUUUGUACAAGCAUUGUCCUUCAGGGUCAAAGAAAAUUCUUUCCCACGAUUAUAGUCCUUCACUUUUAAGCUCUCUGCGUUGCAGUUUCACUAAAUCCCACUAGAGGGAAAACCUUUUUUUUUCCUUUUUUUUUAUAACGGAGAAAAUCAUCAGCAACAGUCUUUCUUUUCCAGAUACACUUUAUCCAAAGUUCCCCCUUCAAAAUUCAAGAGGCAACAGUAGAGUCACAAUGUUACCUUUCUUUUAACUAUCUGUCGAGCUGGACAAGCUUCAAGACGUCAGUUCUGACAGCCCGCUCCUGGUUCAGGGCGGUGGAAAAUUACUUUGUUUUAAACUCACUUCCGCAGGGUUAUAAAGUCCAAAACAACCCCUUCUGCUCCUGCAGUCAAAGGGGGGGUUCAGAAAUCUUAGGUGUUGAAUUCUAGUUCUCUCAGAAUUUAAUUUUCAAGCUUUAGUAUAUUUUGUCUUUGCUUUCUUCACGUAACAAAAGAACGGAAGGUUGACUUCCUGCUUAGACCUUCUCAUUCCAAGUCCCAAUUAAAUUCAAUUUCAAGUCCAAUUUAUUUAUUUAUUCACCAGUCUUAAAAGUAAUUCAGCUCUUCCAAGAUCAGGUACUCACGGAUAGAUGUUUUAGAUGCCAAAUUGUCCCAGGAAAAAGGCAGCGCUCUCCGGAAACGGCAGUGCGGCUUUGCUGCACGAAAGAAGCAGUCGACUCACAGCACCACGCACCUCCCACUCCGGAGCCCGUUACCGGGCUCCUGUACAAGGGGAGAGAGCGCUCACGGUGCCCGCUGAGUCCCACGUCCACAGGCUUCAUCCGCCUGUGGGUUUUAAGGGUCCCCGCUGCGCCGUAGCGGUAGGACCCAAGCUUCCGUGCAGCGGGUUCCCUUCAACUUGAAGGGAAUUCCGCCAUUUUCCGGAGGCGCCACCCCGGAAGUCCGGAGUCCAUGUCCUCUAAAUAGGGAGGGAUCGAGCAGUCUAAUUCUGCAACAGUUUCGGUUUCACUGGUGCUCAGAGGUCUGUCCUGUUCGUUCUCUCUCUCUCUCUCUCUCUCUCUCUCUCUCUCUCUGUGUGUGUGUGUGUUUAAAGAAGGCAUUAAAACCCCGCCUUUAAAUUGUAUGGAUUUUACACAUAUUUUUAUAUAAAAUUUGCAUUUUUCUUUUUUUUAAAAAAAUGAUAUUUAUUAAAGUUUCAGAUAAAAAGAGACACAUCGAUAAAAAAGAAUUUAACAAUAAAAAGAAAAAUGCACAAUACAAGAUACAAAAAUAAAAAGAAAAAAGAAAAAACAGUUAAAAACAAUUCCAUCUUUUCAUCACUACUUUUGAAUUUACUUAUUUUCUGGACCUCCUCAUACCUCCCUCUUUUGUAUUCCAAUUCAGUUUAUUUGUCCAGCAAUUCCUUUCCCUCUUUUUUUAAUCCCAAUCCUUAAUCUUAAUAUAGUAUAACAUUAAAUUUUUAUCUAUUAAUAGCCAAUUUUCCAUUCUUUUAACCUUUUUAUUCCUAAUCCUUAAUCUUAAUCUAUAUAUAACUUUAAAGCCUGUGCAGCUAGAAACCAUUUAAUUUCAAUCCAACAUCACUCUAACAUUCAUUAAUUUUGCAAUAUUUCUGUAAAUAAUCUUUGAAUUUCUUCCAAUCUUCUUCCACCAACUCUUCUCCCUGGUCACGGAUUCUGCCAGUCAUUUCCGCCAGUUCCAUAUAGUCCAUCAGUUUCAUCUGCCAUUCCUCCAGCGUGGGAAGCUCUUGUGUCUUCCAAUACUUUGCAAUGAGUAUUCUUGCUGCUGUUGUUGUGUACAUAAAGAAAGUUCUAUCCUUUUUUAACACCGUUUGGCCGAUUAUGCCCAGGAGAAAGGCCUCUGGUUUCUUCAGGAAGGUAUAUUUAAAUACCUUUUUUAAUUCAUUAUAUAUCAUUUCCCAGAAAGCCUUAAUCUUUGGGCACGUCCACCAAAGGUGAAAAAAUGUACCUUCAGUUUCUUUACAUUUCCAAUUUUUUUUUUGCAUUUUUCAAUUAUUUUCAAUGCAUUUCCCCAUUAAACUAUGCAUUUUGUGCAUUCUAUUUACAUAAAAUGUGGAUUUCUGUACACAUUUAGUAAACACCGAAACCACAUCACAAAAUCUGGCAAACUGUGCAAUCUGACUGCGAAGUUGUAUUCUGAUCUUUAGGCAAGUUCCGGCUUGUUGCAUUGGGUCAGUCUGCUGUUUAAAGCAGGCCUAAUUAAUUCCUUCUCCAUCCCUACCUCUAAAGGAGUUGUGGAUAUAAGAGUUGUGACGCUUUCCAACUUGCCAUGUUGUGUGUGGCUAAGUCUCAGUUCACCUUCAUCACCUGAAGCCAUUUGCUUGCAUAAACUUUCAGUUCCUGUUUCAAUAGGAGCAUUUAUUAUUGUUGUUGUUGCCCAGUGGGCCACAGCCAUUGGGGUGCUGGAGUCUGCCCCUGCCCCACCCACUUAUAAAAGUGCCCUGGGGGGUAGGGGAUGCCAUACACCCCCUCACUGGUGGUGGUAUCAGGUGCUGGAUUGAGCUGUUUUUGGGACUUCCUUAACCCUUGCAAUAUUAUGAAGAUUUCAUUUCCCUUCACAGAUGUAUACAAUCGGGUCAUGUUGACUGGACAUUACAUCAGCCCUGCUGAGUGUGAAACUAAUGGGCAAAUGAAUGUCCCAAAAUUUGUGCUCGCUAAGGAAAACAGGGCGGGGCAGCAUUUGUAGGACAAAAUCAGUGGAAGAGGGUGGAAGCUUGAUCCUAACGGCACCCACUGGUUCUCCUAGGUUACUUUAAGUCAUAGAAUCAUAGAGCUGGAAGGGAUCCCAGGGGUCAUCUGGCCCAACCCCCUGCAAGGCAGGAAUCUCAAUGAGAUCAUACCUGGCAGGUGCCCAUCCAAGCUCUGCUUCUAAACCGCCAAGGAAGGAGAGUCCACUACCUCUCAUGGGAGUCUGUGCUACUAUCAAGCAGCUAUUACUGUCAGAAGGUUCUUCCUGUUUUUUUGUGGAAAUCUCCUUUCUUACACAGUGGUACCUCGGGUUAAGAACUUAAUUCAUUCUGGAGGUCUGUUCUUAACCUGAAACUGUUCUUAACCUGAAGCACCACUUUAGCUAAUGGGGCCUCCCACUGCUGCCGUGCCGCCGGAGCACGAUUUCUGUUCUCAUCCUGAAGCAAAGUUCUUAACCUGAGGCACUAUUUCUGGGUUAGCAGAGUCUAUAAGCUGAAGCGUAUGUAAGCUGAAGCAUAUGUAACCCGAGGUACCACUGUAACUCCAUUGGUUCAGGUCCUACACUCUGGAGCAGGAAAAAACGAGCCGUCCUUGGAGUCCAGCUGUGAGAAAAAUGAUUUGGGGAGAAUUUCAAGGGGAACAGCAGGCAGUUAACUACCCUUUGCCAGUCUACACUUUUGUACUGGAGCCAAACUGUAUCUCACACUUUUUAAAUUAAAGGUAUAGUUAAUACCAGCUCUUAUUUUAAAGGAAGAGUGGCCAUGUGGGGGCAUUGGUUAAGUUUUCCACCAACCCCCUCCCUGGGUGCUAUUUGUGCUAGAUCCUGCAGUGUGAACUUUGAAGAGCACAAAAUUUUCAGUGGGAAACUAGCACAAGAUCUCAGUCUGGAUGGGGGAACUGCAUAUUUGCCUGAUAAGCUGCAGUUCUUUCAGAAAACACAAACACUUGCACGUGCGCGCACACAGGAGCUCUCUUUUUUCAACUGAGUGUUUAGGAAAGGGGUGAUCUUUAGUGCUUUAUAGGCUGAGAUUGGGAAUGCAAUGGAAGGGUUGUGCAAAAUCUGAGAGAAAAUCUAAUUGAAAUCAGUAAGACUUGGCAUCAAAAUGUAAAAUAUGUAAAAUUGUAAUUGAAGACACAGAACUGAACUAAUUUAUGGGGGGGGGGGCUUUCCUAUAUUUUUUCAUAGGAGAUCCAAGUGAUUACCUUGUCAUAUGAUUAACAUAAUUCUGCAUACUGCAGUGCUAUGCAUUUGUAUGGUUUUCUAGAAAUGUAAAGCAAACCUGCAAAACUGGGUUUACUGUGAUUGCUGUGUUUUGUUUUAUUUUGUGAGGUUUGGCAACAAAUGGACUCAUGCUCCUAUUUGUAGUAACUAUGGAAACUUUAGAAGCACUCUCUUUCUAAGGCUGAUUAUACAAUAAAGUGCUUAAAGUGUUGGUCGGAUUAUGGACUUCAGAAUAUGUUCAAUUUUCUAUCUGUCUUUUGGGUAAGAACAAGAGGGUAAUGUGAAUAUUAAUUGGGGACUCGCUUUAAUCUCUCGUGACACUUAAGUCUGUAUAGGUCUGCAUCCAGCCAUCCAGAAGUCUCAGGCUCACUCAGCAUGUUAAGAGCAAUCAUACAUAUUCAUGACUCUCCAUUGCAAGAGUGCACUAGGGAAGGAGAAAGCUGUGAGCAGGCUACAGCACACAAACCUUCCCCCCCCCCCGCCCCCCAAGCAGGCAAUAUCCUGGUAGUAGGAAAAGGGGGAUAUGACAAACACAGAAGCCAUGUGACACUUUAUAAUUUAUAUCAUGGAUUUGUUUUGUUUAUAGCACUUGUAUUGUUCAAUCACACUCUACAGCAGUAUACUUUAAUUGUAAUUUAAUUUUAAGAUCUCUGCCCUUGCAAAUGUGUGAAGACACUCUUAAUUAGUGGGCCAGUUCAUGAAGCUGAUGUUCUCUACAUGGUGGUCUUUUUAAAAAAAUUAAAAGUUUAUUGGCAUAAACACAUGCAGAAUACACUAAACUUGAAAAUGCUCUGUUAAAACAAUGAGAAUCCAUGUUGAUGUUUAUAUUGAUAACCUGCUUUUUCCAACCCUUUGUUUAGUUACUGAGAGCCCCUGUUCUGGGCCCCAACGCACUGGACUGGAGCAGGGUUGCCUGACACAGGCAUGUCCAUCAAGAAGUGCCUCCAUGUGUCUGCUGGUUAGGGACGGGGCAGAACUGGGCUGGUUAGGGAUCUGCUGCCAUUGUGAUGUCAACAAGUCUGAUCCAUCCCUCCUUCAUGGCUCCUGCCCUUCCACUCCAGCCAAUAUGUGCGGUGGGACUGUGGAUGGGACAGUGGCUCCAUUGCUCUAUUAAGCCCUACUGCCGCAAGUCUGGGUCACUCUCUUAUAAUUAAAACUAUAUUAUUUGGUACUCAUGUUUAUUUGGGGGGGGGCAAUAAACCCUUUUGGAUUGUCCUAACAUGGCAAAUAUCCUCAAUGGUCUAAUUUUUCAUAUUAAAAGCAGACAAUUGUACAUUGCAACCAGCUUUUAAAGAAACAACUUCCUAGCAUUCUUCCAGAAAGCUAUACUCAAGUCAAUCAAAUGCUAAUAAUGUGCUGCUGAGUGUCAUGUGACCAUAAUUAGAAUCUGUGACACUUGGAGAUCCCAUUGAUCACUUUCCUUUUUUGCCAAGUUGACAAUAUGGUACAGCUCUCUGAAAAGGUCUUCAUGUUCUCUGUGCUAGUAGUGAAUAAAAUCGGUGGAGCUCUGCUUCAAAUCUGUUCUUGAAUUAACAUAUUGCCAAAAUAGCAUUAGCUUGGGUAAACUAGCACUCAAUGUUACUUUCCACUGCCAGACUACAUGGCUGUCUUUGUUUCCCUCCUCUGCAUUAUAUCCAUCUACUUAACCUUUCCUCAUGUCGUUAAUUAGGGCAAAUCUCUGGUCAUAAACAGUUGUGUUUCAUGCUUUGGUCUAAGGUUGUUAGAGGGAAUUCACAGUAAAAAUUAGUAGUCUAGUAUACUCGAAGAUCCAACUUCAAACUAGGCUUUUCUCGUUUAUUAAAUUUACAUGGGAUACACAGCAAUGAUCCAUGUUGACCAAUACUCUUCCAUACUUUUCUAGUCUUCUCUCUUUUGACUGGUAUUCUUGCCACACCCAGACUCCAGACAGCUCUUCUUAUGCCCUGCAGGUGAAUGGCCAUGUGGAACUUAGCAAGAAACUAUGAAGGAUAUGAGUAAGUUAUGCACAGCUUUCUCUUGUAUGUGAAGCUACAUGUAGCAAAUAAUUGGUGCCCUGGAGGCAUUUUGUUCUUGCAUGGAGAUUUGGAAUUCCUUGUCUCCUCUGUAGGUGUUUUUGAGAGCAAUUACAUUUUGUGACAUAACACCUUGCUUGCAGCAUUUAAGCAAAUAGUUUUAAUGGAAUGCUCAGGAUGUAGUUUAUUGAUGAUGAUGGAAAUUAUUAAACCUGGAUCUAACAUUUGCCUGAAACUUUGCUUGAAGGGAGACCACCAUGAAAGAGGAAUGGAUCAUUGCAGGCUAUCCUAGCUCUAAGUGUCUUUCCAAAACCAGUAGUUAUAGUUUGGUGACUUUAAAAAGGUAAUUCAUUUUUCGUUUUACAGAAGCAACACAUGUCAAGAAAUAACUUAAAUAUUAUAAACAAAGUACAACCAAUAAUGCUAAAAUAAAAGUAUACAUGAUAGAACGUAUUAAAAUAUGGAAAAUAUGCUUGCAGGCUUCCCAUUGUCAUCUUAUUCGCCACUGGGAACAGAAUUCCGGACUAGUUGGGCCUUUGGCAUGACAGGCUCUGUUUAUGUUUAUGCUAUUAAAAAUAUAAGGGGGGGGGAGAUUCUGGUCUGGAUGCAUUUUUCUUAAACCUAAUUUCCUGCAUUCAAACCUUCUUCCAUACUAGGUUCAUGUUGAAUAUUUUGGUCACACAUUUGAUUUUAACUAUAAUUCUGUACAUAGUCAUGAGAGCUUCUACUUUGUCCUUCAUAGCAGUGGCAUACACGUAGCUGAGUACAGGACCAUGGCCUGUUUUUCUGAUAUCUGUGAACUGACAUUCCCUUAACACAGACUUUUGGGUGGUUAAAGUGACUUUUGUAAACGACAAUAUGGAUUUAAUCAGUCUGUUUAUUGAAAUACAAGUAUUUGUAACAUGUGCCGCAUAAUAUAUACAUUAACUGGAAAUGAACAUGGGAUAAAUUCCUUAACUCUUUUCAACAGUUGUAAGCCAGUGGGCAGUAUAUACAAUUCGCAACCUCACGGAACAGAAUGAAAGAAACCAAGAACUCAUUGCACGAAUGGAGCAGCAGGGACUGGCUGACAAUUCUGUCCUGGAGAACAUGGGAUUGAAAGUUGAGAAACGAGAUCAGAAGUUGAUUUUGAGAUCCAGUGGAAAGACACCACAUCUAUAAGCAACUGCAGUGUGAAUGGUUUUCAUCUGUUUUGCUGUGGAUACGAUACCAAUGUAGUAUAAAAUAGACUCUCAACCAGAUUCUUGGCAUUAUUUCUUACCAAAAUCAAAGGUCAAUUUUAAACCUUCCUAGAAUGAAUAAAAUGUUAGUACCAAAUAAACUGCAAAUCCCAAAUUAUGGAUACCUGGCUGAUAAUUUUUUCACUCUUUUGUUCCAUUAAUUAAAAAUAUAAUGUAUCUACCAAACUAAUUCACAGCUGCUAGAUGUCUGGAGGCGGUUGGAGGAUGGAUGGCGGCUAACAGAUUGAGGUUGCAUCCAGACAUGACAGAAGUACUUGGGGGACAUGGUGUGGGUGGGUAUGGGGGACUCCCUGCUCAUAGCUGUCCAUGGAGGUGCAGGUCAAUUCUGUGUCCAGGGCAGCUGUUUACCAGCUCCACCUGGUACGCAGCCUGAGACCCUACCUGCCUGCAGACUUUCUCCCCAGAGUGGAACAUGCUCUGGUUAUCUCCCACUUGGACUACUGCAAUGUGCUCUACAUGGGUCUACUUUUGAAGGUAGCCUGGAAACUGCAGUUAGGUAAUCCAGAAUGCAGCAGCUAGACUGGUGACUGGGAGUUGCCACCAAGACCAUAUAACACCAGUCCUAAAGGAUCUUCACUGUCUCCCAGUAUGUUUCCGAGCACAAUUCAAAGUGUUGGUACUGACCUAUAAAGCCCUAAACAGUCUCAGUCCAGUGUACCUGAAGGAGCGUCUCCACCUCCAACAUUCAGCCCAGACACUGAGGUCCACUUCCAAGGGUCUUCUGGUGAGAAGUGAAGUUACAAGGAACCAGGCAGAGGGCCUUCUCGGCAGUGUGGCGUCCUCCCUGUGAAACACCCUCCCAUCAGAUGCCAAGGAGAUGAACUACACAACUCUUAGAAGACAUCUGAAGGCAGGCUUGUAUCAGGAAGUUUUUAAAGUUUGACAUCCCCCCCCCUCCCUAUAUUUUGCUAGAAGCCACCCAGAGUGUCUGGGGAAAUCCAGCCAGAUGGGUGGGGUAUAAACAAUAUUAUUAGUAUUCGUAUUAUUUGUAUUAGUAUUUUCACCUAAAGCUGCAAAAAAGGAAGCUUACCUCCAAGUGUAUGAAAAGGUGGGAGAUGAAUAUGUCUGCCUGCAAUAAUGCAUUUUUUCCCUUGUGUAAACACAACAUAUCAGACUCUUAAUCACUCAUGAAUUUUCUGUCCUCACUUUCGGUGAACAUGAGAAGCCAUCUUCUGAGGAAUUACUGAAAUAUGCCCUCAUACAUUGCAACCAUUAGAAUUGUUUGUCACUCUUUGUUAUUUAUUACAAAUAUCAGUUUAUCAUCACUGCAAAAAACUGAUACACUACUUACACAUCAGAGUUCUUCUGCAAUUUACCAUUUGCAAAGUGAAUUAAAAAAUGCAGAAGCUGCUGCUGCAGCAGGUGUUAGUUUCAACUGUCACAGGGCUUGUCUCUGUUUCUAGAGAACUGGAUGUUUGUUUGAAUUUUAUUUGUUCCCUUGGUAAGUCAGCCCACUUACCCUUUUAUUAUUAUUUUGCUUCUCAUGAGCUUUUUCUAAACUCUGGAAGACUUAAGAGGUAGUUUCUCACUGUGAUUAAUUCUAGCAAUUUCUUUUCACCCCGUGCCUUCCCUAAACAUUGACAAAACUCAUUUCCAGUUAAUUAAUUCAAGAGAGGCUGAAGAAUGGAAAGCUCUGCCUUUCUAUUUUGGAUACCAUUCUGUAUUGUUGUUGAACUCUGCCACUGUGGAAUGUGGCAUGAAUGAGAUGGGUGGGAGAGAGACAGUGGUCAAUUAACUCCCUGUGCCCCAAAUUCAUUUUCUCAGGUAAAAACAAAAACCAGAACAAAUUAAUUCUUAAUAUUUUUAAUAUGCUUCCUUCAGUUUCCAAACUUUGGGCUGUGUUCCAAAAAUGUGUAUUAUUUUAAGAUAAGCUACUGCAGCUUCCCUCAGAUAAUAACGUGGUUUGCCUUAAGUUGGAAUAAUCAAACACAUGUUAUUAACACUGACCGUCUUCUCUCUCACGCAUACCCACCCCAAUAAAGCAGAAAAGGAAUGUGAUUUAAUGAAUACACAAGCAAUAUAUUCCCUUUUUUUAAUGGAACACAUGGGAGAGAACAGAAGGAAGUUCAGCUAAGUAUUUGGCAUAGAUGAAAUAUUUCCAUAAGAAGACCAGGGAUGCUUUCAUAUGCCCUGUAAGUUGAAUCACACAAUUCCAGUGGUGAUUUCCCCCCAUGAUCAGCAGCACAGCUUCAUGGCAGCAGUAACAUCCAACUAGGCACAAAUAUGUUGACAGGCACUUCUUUCAAGUGAUGUGAGCAUGAUGGGUAAAAACAAUCUGCCAUGCAUUUAACAUUUCAAUUGUGCUUAAACAAAAAACAUAAUUCCAAUGAGAAAUUGGACUACUUUUGUAUAAACUACUUCCAUUUCAUUGGGGUAUCUCUGCAGGUAAUCCAUACUUUUGUUGUGGUUGUCAUGGGAAAUAAAAGUACAGCUGUAAGAGAAUAAAAUCUCAAAUUAUGCAUAAGAACUCGUGCUCUGGUAAAAUAAAAUUGUUCAUAACUAUUCUUUAAUGUUUCUUUUCACCCCUUUCAAUAUUUAUUUUAGUUUUAGUGGAGAAUGUGAAAAAAGACAUUAUUACAGAUUCAACUGGAAUUUUGAAACUUCAGCAUUGUAAUCUUAUGUGUACCUGAGGCUAUAAUUGUGUUGAGACUUACUUCUAAGUAGACAUGCAAAGUGUUGCACUGUACAUAUUUGCAACUGAUAGUUAAUAUUUAAAGCAUGUUUCUGGAAAAUGGUGCUGGAAGGAAAAUGCAGUUCAGAAUGACAGUAAAAAUUCUGUGCAACAAGUAUACCCAGAUGGCAUGCAAUGUUUUUAAAAAUGGGGUUCUGCUUUUCCUCCUUUGUGUCAGUGGCUGCAAUUGAAGAGUGUCGACUUGUGGGCUCUGCACAUGCCCAUGGAAUCAGGAAGCACAGAACUGUAGUUGGGAGGAACCCCGAGAAUUAUCUAGUCCAUAAAUAAGAGGCUAGGGAGAACAAAGGGAUAGAGAAGCAUUUUCUCCUUUGUUUGUUUGUUGAAAAUAUGUAGUGGGUAAAAUUUCAGUUCUAAGUAGAAAAUGCAAGACUUUUACAGUGGAAAACAUGCUGAUUACUGUAUUGAGGUUGAUCAGCUCUUGAUUUUCCAGGAUGGAUUAAUUCUUUUGAGCACAACAGCUUCCCUGUCCUCCUUCCGUGGUCUUGUGUUUUCUGAGGGGUGUGCUUUGCAGGCUUGAGGAUUAAUGUAGGGCAUCAACUAAUGUUAGGAAAAUGCCUUAACAAGAUUGAAAGGAAAGAGAGUAGUCAGAUCAAGGCUUGUGGCAAUCUUGCUAAACAAAAGAGAUCAGUUUUCUCCCCCUUUUCUUUAAAAGCAAGUGAGGAUUUGGGUUUUCAUGAUAAUGGGUAACUGAAUCCUAGCAGAAAGUGUGUGCUAUCUUUUACAAAAAUCAGAUAGAAAGGUAUGAAUCCAUUAUUUAAUUGAAUUGUACACUGUGCCUUUUGGUAACUGUUGACUUGCUGUGGGCUUUUUAAAAAUGCCAUUAUAAAGAAAUAUUUCUAAAUUAUUUCCCUUCACUAACAAUUAUUCUUUAAAAGCAAAAUCAGUCUGAAGCUGACUGAAAACUGGUUUUGUUUUGUUUUGAAAUAUGUUAAAUAUUCCUUAAAAUGCUUCUAAUUUUGUCAUUCUGGCAUGGUAGGUUCCACAAUAUAAAUGCAACUUACAUGAAAUUCAAUAUUUGGAUCAAAGUGGAAGAUUGUAAAUUCAGAAUUUCAUGAAGCACAAUAAAUGCAAAACAUCUUGGGGC